AGCAAAUAUGACUCACCCGCAGGCAGCAUGGUCCUAAUGGAUUACUACGGUUACAACGCAGAGUGCAGACUGACGCGCGGCAACACGGUAAGAAAAUGUAGCCUACAUACAUUACAGGGGUGAAAGUUUGUGUACCGCUGCGUACCAGCUGACUUUCAGCCCUUCUUGUAAUAGUCUUAAAGUGGUUCAUGUGGGAAUGUAGUGGGAGAUGUUGCAAACAGGCCUUUAUAUUACAGAAUGAAAUUUUGACAAAAAAUUGCAUUAAAAUGAUGAUAAAAAAUGUUCAAUCUAUUUCAAGUAGUAAAUUGAUGCGUCCCUAAUUUCUGCACAUAAAUGUAUUUAUUUUUCAGACUCUGCUUUCACACCUGUAGCUUUGUUCAGAUAGAAUAAUAAAGUGGCACUCUUACUUUUUUAACAUGUCCAAAAUAUUCUGAUUAAGGUCCAUAUUCUGGUUAUAGUAGUAUCCCAAAUACAGUUGUUAGAUGUACAACAAAGAGGAUAUUCCAGUUUACAAAUCCCUGCAAAUAAACCAGUGAUAUGUUUCUAUUUCUAUUUCUAUUUGUAUUUCUUUAUUUAUCACAGAUGAAAAACAGUGCAAGGAGGGAAUGAAGCUGAUAGACUUACACAGUUUCACUCCCGUCAGGACAGUGAAGGAACAGGGUGCAAACAACAAAGUAAUUAGGACAUACAUGUUAUAAUUAUACAGUGAGUAGGGAAAGCUCAAAGCUUAUACAAAUUAUCAUAAAUAGAACAUAGACUAAUCAUCAACCAGCCCAACCAGCGAUAGAGACAAUAUAAGUAUACAUAACACAAAAGAAACAUGAACAUGACAGAUAAUGACAUGUUUAAGACAUGAUUAGAUGAGAUUUCAAUGAUAUUUUAAAGGAUUUGAAGGAUAAUAUUGAUUUUAGAGAUACAUCCAGAUCAUUCCAUAGACUGGUCCUCUAAAAGUGAUACUAGACUGAUGACAAGUUCGACAGAAUGUAGUAGUAGUAUCAACAUUAUACCAUCAAAAUAUACUGCAAAACUUCCACAUGCUGUGUCCACUCCAGUGCAUGUAGAUGUAGUAAUUGUUGCAUUUUCCACCACAGAUUUUUUGUGUUUUUAUUGCAAAUUGUCAUAAAGUUGUCCAAAGAUGACAUAAUUUCAGGGCUGACUUAUGCAUUGUGGGAAUAUUUGCUCCAAGAAUCCAACUAGCAUUAGCCAGUUAACAAACAAAAUGAGUUGAAUUGGAGGGCAUGAAGGUGAAAUGCCUGAUUGACUCUUUGGCUGAUAAGCAUAUUUUUCAUAUAUUUGAUGCAACAAACAAAAAAACAGAAGUUUGCAAACUUGUUAGUGAGUAUCAUGACUUGCUUGUCCCACAUCAGAGUACAAUUACUGUAAUUCAUCUUGUCAAACAGCUGCUGUAAGACAUAACAGUCAGCUAACAGGCAGUUCCCUUUGAAGGGUUGACUACAUUGUUUUACUGUAAUGACUCUCUCGUAACUAUAAACCAUGUAGAGUUUUAUUUUGUCCCCUUUCUCAUCCCCGUGUCCCAGAUUGGGUCAUAAAAGACAACUGUAAACAAGGGUCGCCCCGCGGCGGCCCUCUGCGUCUUUGUCCUGCAAAAUGAUGUAACGCGGCUCUAAAUAAGGAAGAGCUGUUUGGACGUCUCCAAAGACACUGACUCAGAGCUUAACAUGCAGGAUCAGGCCUUUAGGUCAAAACGUUAAAGCUGAAUAUGAAAGUCUGGUUUUGAACUCACGGCUUUGUAUGCAAGUUGACUGUUAUCUUGUUGUGCUUGUGUAACCUUUCAUACAUCUGUAUUAGGUCAGUCAUUUUUCAGAGAUUUCGUCUUGCACAGCCAGCAGAGAGGAACAGAGGAAUAAAGCUGUCUGACCUUUGCUUAAAAACACAAUCAGGAAGCCAGUUAGUGUAACCUGGAUGUUGCAAAAUGUUAACAGGGAGCGAGACAUCACAUUUUCACAGACAACAUAUUAUGCAAAUUGUUCAUUUAUCUCUUUAUUAUAAUAAUUGCCCUUAAAUUGUGGCUCUUCCUCAAAUUGGAUAAAAGCAGUCAAUCCGAAUUGACUGGGGGUAAAUGAAAACAUUGGGGGUUUUAGCAAUAUAUCAGCCUAAAAUAACAAAGCUGUGUGAUUCAGUGGCUAUUGAGAACCCAACAGCUUUAAUAAAAUCUGAAUUAUGAUUGGACAUGAGAGCCACAGAUGAUUUUUUCAAUGCUACAUCACUCAUCACAGACCAGAAAAGUCAGGAUUUAUGUGUUUGCCUUGCUGGUCUUGAAAUCUGGGCUCUCAAUGGCCAGUAAAUAAUACACAGUUAGGCAAUUGAGUUGCUAAAGACACUGGAAUCUCAUUUUCUCAUUUACUUCCAUUCAUUUGGAUGACUGCUUUCACUAAAAUCACUUAAUAGCACCGUUUACAUUGCCUGGACUUUUACAACUGAUUUUUUUUCAUGGAUGAAUAAUUAAGUUUAUUUUAUUAAAUAGGGUUUUUAGAGGUAUGCACAAAAAAGACAGCCAUUAAAAAUGAUGUAGACUCGCAGAAAGGGUUAAAUACUACUGUGUCGGACAUGGUAAAGCCACUCUGUAAAGAUUCCUGAUUUAAGCCUCUCAGGGCUGGAGUCUGGAGAAAAUAUAUAUAUACACUCUCUCUCUUUAGAGUAGAUGGUGUUUACAUCUCCUUGUCUGCUUGGGGGUUUCACAUGCUCAAUGAUAAUGCAUCUCAGGGAUGACUCUCUCUGGAUGGUAGGCCUCCUCUGAAGUGCACUGACACUGGGCUGCAUUGGUCUUGGGUCCUAAUGCAGCUCUGCAGCUCUAGUUUUUGAGACAUCUUAUAAAAUAAAUGACAUUUUCAGUUGAGCAAGAGAUAGUGCCUUUGUUUUUCAUUGUUUUAUCUGUUACUGGGUGCAGGAACCACACUGAAUGUGCCUUGUGGUGGGUCAAGAAAAAGGCUGCUUUUAACAGGAACCAGGUCAGAUUAAUCACUCAGACUUGUGGGAUGUUUGUACUCAACCUUCUAACAGAGAGUUUUCUGAUUACCAUUUUAAAGUCUUUAAAAACACUUCAGACCACUGUCUUUUGAAGGGUCUUUGACUUCCUGAGUCAUCUUCCUAAAUCUGGAGGCUUGAAGACCAACAGAUCAAAAUGGAGUAGCCUGAUAAAUUCUUUGUGGCAUUUAAUAAGUGUGCAGGUGUAACCUCUGUUGUUUGAUCGCCCUGCACCUACCUGAUGUGUCUAUAAAGUUUUUAAAAACUGCUCUCCAAGCCCCUCACUUAGACAUCCCAUCAGUCAAAUAAUGACCAAUUUUAAAACUCAUUAAGUGACAUGUCAAACGCAUCAGCAUUAGGUGAUCACUUAGUGUUAUUAGAAGUACUCUCACUGAAUACUAUCAUCAUGAUAAUGGUGGUUCAGACAUUUACAGACGAAUAAAACUCGUGAUUUGAUACGCAGAUGGACAGUGUCUAACAGAUGCCGAAGUCGUGGUUUGGCAGAGUCUGACCAGACUGUGAUGUUCUUCUUCUUCUCCGACUGGACAUGUUUGAUCAGCUGCCGGACAUUAUCCCGCUCUCCCUUUUCCACUCCACAGUUCUUGGACCGCUAAAUUCCACUCAAUCUGCAGUGAGGUGUGAAACGCACCGUUUCCUGCGCCAGCCAGUGCGGAAAUAAUCCAACCUGUGCUCCAAAGAUAAUACCUGUCUCCUUCUGUCCCUUUUUUCUGCCCACAGUCUUGUCCCUAUCGUACUCCCACAUGCCUCACAUACCUCAAGCUGUCAAAGCGGGGAAUUUUCUCAACUUCAGGUUCAUGUUUAGUCAGCUUUAUGAGGAAUAUAAAGACCACAGAGUGCAGUGAACUGACACUGUCGGGCAGGAUAGGACACCUGAGGCAGAGACAGCAAGUAUGAACAUGGACUAUAGUGGCAGCAUGUUUCCUACUUUAUAUUUGUUUUAAUUUAUUGCAUGACUUUUUGAUUUUGCAUCUGUUUUCAAAUUCCAACUGCAGAGAUAUCAACUACACAAAUAUACCCCCCAUUUGUUUCUAAAUUGUUCAUUACUCAAUAAGUUUUCUUUAACGUAAUAAGCUUUUUGAUGCUGGAGAUUUCCUACCGUAUUAAAAUGCAAUAAUAAUAUCACAGAAAAUGAGAAGGGCAAUGGGUUGCCAUCAAUUUUUCAAAGUAAUAAAGAUUCGAUGAUAGCAUCCAGAGAUACGCUUUAACACUAAUUACAACAGAUUUUGUUAAUGUGCAUUAGGGAUCAUUAAGCAUAUUAAACAGCAAGAGUCUGUGAGGCCAUUAAAAGGAGUAAUUAGCAUGACACUGUCAAAGUUUGACAGAGACAUGCUUUAACUUUUAUGAACUGAACUGAACUUUCUCUCUCUACUUUCUCUCUUGCUGUGCCUUUAAGCUAUAAUGAAGUAAAAUAUUUACUUUAGAGAACCCGUUCCAUGCUCUUGUUUGGACUACAUUUGUCAUUUACAGUCACAACAGAAUCAUUUAUUACUCAAAUUUAAAUAAUGAAUAGUCUAUAAAAACAUUAUCUUAAGUUACUGCUUUAAUAUUUCAUUAUUAGUAAUGCAUAUGCUAUUUAAUAGUGUCUGCAUAUGACCUUUAAAUGUGGACAGCUAAAAAGUUUUAGAGGGUCCAGAACAAAAUGGCUCCAAAGCAUAGUGACAACAAAAAGAAAUGGACCUUCCAAAGAGAUUCUAUUCAACUCUACUCCAUUUUGUUCUUUUCUACACUUUUUUAUUUUAUUCUAUUUUAAUCUGUUCUUUUCUAUUAAAUUCUAUUCUGUUCUAUUAUUCUCUAUUCUACUCCACUCUAUUCCCCUCCACUCUUUACUGUUCUUUUCUACUCUACUCUGUUCUAUUUUAUUCUACUCUAUUCUGUUCUAUUCUACUCCACUGUAUUCCACUCCACUAUACUCUGUUCUAUUCAAUUUUAUUGUACUGUAUUAUGCUGUAUUCUACGCCCCUCUAUUCCACUCCACUCUAUUCUAUUUUAUUCUUCUCUAUUCUGCUCUAUUCUUUCCACUUCUAUUCUACUCUAUUAUAUUCUAUUCUAGUGUGUUCAAUUCUACUCUAUUCUAUUCUACUCUGUUACGUUCUAUUCUGAUUUGUUCUAUUCUACUCUAUUAUGUUCUUUUCUACUCUGUUCUAUUCUGCUCCACUUUAUUCUGUUCUAUUUUACUCUCUAUAUUGCAUUCUAUUCUGUUUGAUUCAAAUCUGUCACUUUAUUGUAUUCUGUUCUUUUAUACUCUAUUCUAUUCUAAUUUACUCCAUUCUGUUUUUAUUCCAUUUGGCUCUAAUUUAUUCUUUUCUAUGCUAUUCUAUUUUAUGCUUUUCUACUUUAUUCUGUUCUAUUUUACUCUGUUCUACUCUAUUUUGUUCUGUUCCAUUUUAAUCUAUUCUAAUCUGUUUUAAUCUAUCAUAUUCUAUUUUAUUCUUACACCUACAAUACAGUCCUCUUACUUUUAUUUACUUUAUAUUUUCGUCCUCAUCAGAAAUUUAAACAUCCUGAAUAUAACAGAAUAUGCAAAUUGCUGUUGGCUCUGUAGAUCUUCUCUUAUGCUGCACGGUUUCCUUUGUUCUGUUUUUUUUUAAUGAUGGUUAUUUUGGGCUGAGUAUUCGGGAUAUGAAGCUCUUUCUAUGACUUCUAAACGUUUAAGGAAGAACCCCCCCCGAUAAUGUGAUACUUUAAGUGAUUAUGUUUGUACAAAGCUGCUAUACUGUGUGUGUGUGUGUGAGAGAGAGAGAGAGAGAGAGAGAGAGAGAGAGAGAGAGAGAGAGAGAGAGAGAGAGAGAGAGAGAGAGAGAGAGAGAGAGAGAGAGAGAGAGAGAGAGAGAGAGAGAGAGAGAGAGAGAGAGAGAGAGAGAGAGAGAGAGAGAGAGAGAGAGAGAGAAAGAGAGUCCCAGUUCUGUCUGUGAGGCUCUUGGGAUGCUCCGUAGCUCCUAGCUCUACAGAUUGGAAACACUUAACCUCGGAGCAGAACAUUAAUGCCAAACAUCUAUACAUGAAUGGAGGUAUCCGAAGAUAACCAAGUGAGAGGAUGCAGAAAUAGGGUUUUAAUUUUGUCUGAAAUCAAGUGGUGCGGCUGUAUCAUAUCUUAGUGUUUCCAUUAAGCUGGCUCUGGUUCAUACGGCCCUCACACCGCCUGCUGAUGAAAGCCACUAUCACUGCAGGAACCUCUUUAGAGCUGACAGAAACUCGAAUUAAUAGACAUUUAAUCAAAUCCUACAUUAAACCAUUAUUCAGCCUGUUAUGAUUUAUUUAUAAUUCACUUAGACUUAAACAUGAUUCAGGUUAUUUGUUUCCUCAACAGGCUGGAAGCUUAAUGCUGACAGGGAUGAACUUGAAUUUGUCUAACCGCCUCCUAAAAGAGAGGGACCUCAGAGGUAAACUUUUUAUUAAAGCCCCACAGCUGAGCAGCGGAUUCUGAUUCAAUCUGACUUUGAGCGAGAAAAGAACCGAAAUGUAGCUCAAAUUGUACACACUUCUUCUCUGUUAGAGGCUUUUGUUGGAAAAGUUAUUGCAGCUGAAACAUAUUAGAAUAAAACAGUUUAAGUGCUGCCAUUAUUACAUUUAUGUUACCAGGGGAACCAUGACCUUGAUUGAUAUGAAAUAGUUGAAUGCAAAAAAGAAAAAGCCUUUUCUGCAUCUCUGCUUAACUUAGCUGAGCUUUUUGCCUUUCCUUUAUCUCCACUUAUUGAUUUUGCUAUGCUGCAUCCUACACCAAGCAGAUACUACAAGCUGUGAAGAGGGAUUAUAUCAGCUUUAUAGCAACAUACAGUCUCUCCAAGGCGAGUAAUGGGAGCGAAAAGGACAAAACUGAAUGAAAAUAUAAAUUCACUAGACUCAGAUCAUAAUGAAAAAUGAUAAAGAGUGAAUCUGAUGGCAUUUUGCUAGUUAAGCAGCGCACAAUCUGAGUGCUAAGUGAAGGAUAGACCAUAAAGAUAUUGUACUAUAGGUCCCUUGAUUAUUCGUAGGUGUAUUUCGGGUGUAAUAUGCUCUCACUCCUCUUUAGGGUUCCACCUGCUUACAGGUAUGUUGCUAUUUAGACUUCAGCUCUUCUACUUUUUUUACAAUGGGCUCGAGCUGGUGCAAUUUCUUUCCCUUGUUACUGUACUGAAAUUCCACAGAAAACACACACAUCACUGUUUGAGUUCAGGUAUAGAUCUUUUAUCCACUGAUAUCCCUCGAUUAGCAGAAACUAAAGACUUGCAAGUUAACAGAGACACUCUUUUAUUGAAUAUUUAAAACUCAGGAAACUCCAACAGUAUUAGACAGGAUCUAAUAAAAACAUCAUGUUUGAUAUUUCAAAGAAAAGGUAGGCUGUUAUUUUUUAUUUACUUGUUUUCAUGUGACUAUGCGUGUCUGAUUCUGCAUGUAUUCGUGGGUGUGUUUGAUGGAAAGAUGGCGUCAGAUCAGUCUAGAGUUACUAUUGCAGAGUUGAAGUGAGGCAAGCAUGCAAACUGACAGUGAUAAAAGGGAUCACACUGAGAGGGUAUAAGACUGUCACACAAUGUAAUCGUGUAAAAAUUCCCUGAAGUCAUCUCUGUUUCUUCACUGGUCUUACCGAACCUAUUUUUAGACGUAACAUCACCGCCAUUAUUUUUACACUAUCUUCAGUAUUGACACGUCCCAUUAGUACUUCAUGGUGAAUUGACUUUUUCCUGACUUGUGUUCAUCUGUUAGUCCAGCACAAAUAAAGAUACGGUGCAUUCUUGAAAUGAGCAGACUUCAUGUCUUGGCCUGAAAAGGAGGUUUACUUUUGUGCUGCAUACCCAAGUCAAUAUACCCUGUUUGUUUAUGUUUGAUAGUCCACUGACAAAUCUGAAGUAACAAACGAGAAUCUGUCUGUGGAGAUGUAGUGUGUUUGGGUCUUUUACUGCCAAGUCGCCUAAUAGUUGUCUGCCAAAGAUUGAUGAAGUCCUUGAAGUCAUCUCAACAGCUCCUUCAUAAGUACAAUGGCACUACAUCCAUUCAACAGACACUGCUCAGCUUCUUUUUUUUUUCGGCCAGACUUUAUUAUUUUAUUUUAUUUUUUAGCAUGCACGGUUAGGCUAGAGGCACGCUUGACCUGCUUUAACCAGGAGUCACAAGGCUUUUCUAGUUUGGACACUUACAGAGACAAUGUUACUCUAGCGUGAGUGUAAGGUCAGGUACGUAGAUGAAAUAAUGCAUUAUGAGAUGUUUUACUUGGGGGUUGCGGGUGUUUCAGCCUCACCAUUUAUUGCCCCUCAUAAGAGUCUCACAGCGUGGGGGAAGAAACCGUUCAAGAACCAUGUUGUGCUGUCUUGAUUUCUGCCAAGUGUGUGAAAGUGAAGGGGUCCCUCACAGCAUGAAUGGAGGAAGUUCGACACAGAGGGGACAGAGUUAAAGGGAUAGUCCAGCGUAAAAUUAAGUUAGGGUCAAACACACUGUAACACCGAGUUGGACACCCUGUCCAAAGGUGAAUGUUGCUUCUAACUUUAGUAACGAGUGCAUAAAUGUUCUUCCUUGAGCUGCGUCACCCCGCUGCAGUCGAUGGACUUGCCUGGAGGUCUCUGUACAAACAAGCGGCUGCUGGGAGAGAGUGGGUAAGUUGUGUUUAGUGUCUUUGCUAAAGAAAUCCGGCAAAGCUAAAAAGAUGUUUGGUAGCUAGUGCUUUGGCUGGGACCCUAUAUGUACUGUUGAUAAAUUUAGGUGCUGUUCUGAGCAUUAUUUGUGGCUAUGGAGUGGCGUUUUGGUUGAACGCGUGGCUCUCUGUAUUGCUAUCUGGGGUUGUUAAUAAAGUUGGUAUAACUGGAGAAGCAAGCAGUCGGCAACAUUCAUCUCUCGACAGGGUGUCUAACUCGUGUUACGUGUGAUUGACCUUAAAUUAAUUUCACAGCGUAAUUUCCCUUUAACGUCACCACCCUUUCUGACACAGACUAUGAGAAAAAUCAACUCAAGACGACCCCAGUUUGGUUAGUUAGUCAAGCCUCUCAAUCUCGAUAUGCACCUUUCCUUGAUAACUUUCCACAAGAUGACACACAUCACCGUUGGGGAGCCCACUUCAGCGCAGCAUAGGAGUGUUCAAACUGUGAGAAAACCACCUGCAGAGACGAUGAGGAUGAUAGAGAGUGUCUUCCUCCAUGUCCAGCUGAAGCUGCAGGUGGGAACAGAGAUAAAACGUUAAAGGUCUCAGGUGGGCGGGCUUAUCUUUUAUUAUUCUCUUGAUUAUAAUUCAAGGUAUAAGAGGCUUGUCGGGGAUGAGAUCCAGUACAUUGAGCAGAGUCCAGCUGUGGGAUGUGGUUUUACAGUGAUGAACAAUAUCUUGUUCGGUCAGGGGUCUUACAUGGAUCAAAAAUGAAAUGUAAAGAAUGACGACGGCAGCAUGAUUUUUUUUUUUCCUUCCUUUUGAAGGUAAUAUUUGAAACUGAGAUUGUAUCAGGAAAGAAAAAGGGCAGUAAUAUACCAUGGUUCAAAGUGUGCUACCUUCGAGUUAUCACACCAGCGUACUCCUGUGCAUGUGUGAAUAAAUGAGCAGACAUGAAUUAUAAGCAGGGAAAAUCUUCUUUUACUUAAAACUACCAACUUCAUGGAAAAGUAGUCUACACAGCACCUAUGGGUGAUUAUAAACCUGCUCAUUCUUACAGAAGGUUUUAAGGGGCAUCACAAUUUGCAUCGGUAUUUAAAUGCUGCAAUAGAUUAAUGUAGAGAGAGCCGAGGACACAGCUUUUAUCUCCUGCCAGCUUAUGCUCACCUGAACUCUUUCUUAGAUAUAAAUUAGAAGCUUCUAGAAGAGCAGGAUGACGCUGACGCCUCAGGGACAACACUCAACAGUCUCACUUAGCAUUCCAGGGCGAGACAGAAUUUGCUUGUCGUAUGUACUUUCUAACUUUGUAGAGGGAGCAUCAGUGAGGUCAUGGAGCUGUGAGCUGGACACCGCAUUUGGCCCUCCGGGGAAGGAAAGGAACCCAGGAAGUGUGACUGCAAUAAAAGGGUCAUAGAGUGGUGUAAGAGUCACAUUAAGGAGGUCAUUCAGAUGUCAAGCCAACCACCGCUCACGUGGCGUAUCGAUUUUAGCAGGCAGGAAGUUCUCGAUUAUUCUCGAUUACGUGGGUAAUCCUUUUAUUGUUUGUGCAAAACCAAAUCUAGUUCAUGGCUUGUGAUGCAACUGGGAUGUGGCGUGAAAGGUUAAUACGAAACACUGGUUAUACCUGAGGUUUGAGGGGGGUUUGAAAAAGAAAGGCUAAAACUUCCAUGGAUGCGCUAAAUAGGUGCACAUGAGCAGGAGGGGUUUGAAUCCCAAAUCUUGUUUUAGCAGCUCAAAUCCGCAUUUAAAUUUUUCAGCUACUACCUAUAGGUUAUGAUGGUGAGGCUGGAUUGUAGACCAAUCAGCAAACUCCCCUAACCUCAGAGUCUAUUUCACUCUUUGCUUCAGUGUCUGCUGCAGGUCCCAGUCUGAACAAUGCAACAGAACUGCAUCAUCUGCAAAUUCAGAGAUAGAGAUGGACUAGUGGUCUCAAACUAGACACCCUCUUCCAGGAGGGUGGCAGGACUUACAUUAAUCCCUAAUAUUUGGGCUGUGUUGUGCAUUUUAAUGUGACAUAUUUUGCUUUAUAUUAUAAUUUUGCAUUUUUUCAGACGUUAAAGUUGUCAGCUCUAAAGAUUUCAGUGGCGUCUCUGUAUUGUGUAAGUUUUCAAGGAUGAAAUACGUUAAAGGGUUAUUCCAGGGUAAAAUGAAUUUAAAGUCAAACACACCAUAACGCCUAGCUAGUCACCCCAUCAAGAGACAAAUGUUGCCGACCGCUUGUUUCUCUAGGACCACACUGCAGCACUAGCCACCAAACAUCUUUUUAACUUUGCCUGAUUUCUUUAGCAAAGUGACUAAAUACAACUCACCUACUGUCUUCCAGCAGCCGCUUGUUAGUCGCGAGACCUCGGACCAGUCCAGUACUGAUUGCUGUGGAGUGACACAGCUCAAGAAAGAACAUUUAUGAUCAUUACUUUAUCAUUUCAUUGAAGAAACAAUAGCUAUAUUAAUCAUUUUGCACAGCGGACACGGUAGUUCUUUUGCCUUAGCGUCUCGGUCUGAUUGCAUUUCUAUAAAGAAAUGAUCAUAAAUGUUCUUCCUUGGGCUGCGUCACCCCGCUGCAUUCGAUGAUGUCCCUUUAAGUUGGACAUUUUCUUGAUGCCUUAUUAUCAGUGUUGUAUGAUUAAUUGACAUAGAAAAGGGAAAAUAAUUGUAAUCCAAAAGUGUGUUUGUGUGCCUGCAUAUACUUUUUAGCACAUCUGUAUAAGAAAGUGCCCCUGUAGAGUUACCCCAGACAGAGAACAUCCCAACACAGUCCUGAAUGCACCCACUGUAUUAAAGUGCUUUGAGUGCUGUGAUCAGAUGUCGUCAGGACUCUUGUCCUUGUCAUCAUUAAGAAUUGACUUCCUUCAAAGCUUUCGAGACCCUGACACAGAAAAAAAUCACUGCAGUGAACUAGAAAGCAUAUUGAAUCUCAAAUAACUGUUCACAUUGAUUUGAACAUAGAUAUACUGUAUAUUUUGAACUUCUUGACAUUUUUUGCAGUUUUCCAUUACUGACUUUAUCUUUUUUUCUGCUUUUGACAAGCUUUUAUGCUCUUAGUUGUUCAGCCUCUCAUGAGAGGCUCUGAAGGUUUCUCUGAAAAAUAACAGAACAGUCUUCUUUUGGGUAAUUGAUUUAUUUCUCACAGAGGCUUUCAGCUUUGAAAAAAAAAACAGGUUUUUGACAGUCCAUUACCUUGGCUUUUGAAUGAAGUGAGUGUUUUUUGGGAGUACUUUUCUUCUGAGUUAAUGCAAGGCAAAGUAGAAAUUUUACAUAUGCCCAUGUCUGUGCUGGAAUGAUAGUGGAGGACUAGCAACCUGUUUAUCUUACUUGACUUACAGGUUUCUCCUGCCACUUCUCAAAACAACAACAAAAUGAGCUAUGGGGUAACCACAGCGUCAAAUUUUGAGUGCUGAGCCACUGUCUAAACUAGCAGACAAAUUAGGAGUGGGACUAGAGUGGACAGGUCAAACGUAAAGUGUUUUUAGUCAUCGCACCUGACAGGAAAUUGAAACGUGGGCCUUGAGUGCUAAAAGGAAAGUGUCCGGUCAAGUCAGGCUAAGGCUAGUUCCUCUGGUGGUGAAGGUCAGGACACACAGAGAGAGAGAGAGAGGAACCUCAGAGAGUUUGUAAAUUAUGCAACACAGAAAACCAUACAUGAGGAGCAAGAAGGGGUUUAGAGACAGGCACUCGAAGAGACUCAGCAGUCUGUAAUUUCGCCCCAUUUUCCCUGAGGUGAAGUUGUCGAGUCUCUCUAGGAAACUCUGCUGACUUAGCCAAACAAUUAUGGCUGCUGUGAGUUCCCAGAGAAACCACAAAAACUGCAACACUAGUUUGGCUUUUGAUACUCUUGGGGCUGUUUGCCAUUUGCCAUAAUUGCUUAUUUCCUUUCAGUAAGGUUUUGUAAUUUAUAGUUAAGCACAAUGGUACCUAGAAAUCUAUCUUAUUGAGAUGCGAUGACAGCAUGGGCAGCGUUUGUUUCUGUAAAGCAGAAUUUUAUAGUGUUUUGAGUCAAAAAACAAAUAGACAAAAACCACAGGCUAAAUAAAUGGGCUGAAUUUAAAUGUGACGUACAGCUUCUGGCUUGAUCACUAUAAUUUAACCAGAUGGAAAAGCCUCAGAAAGAAAAAUAACUUGUCAACAUGAAAUGAAAUAUUUUCCUCAAUGCUCUUCAACUGAUUUUUACAUCGAAGGGCUCCAGAGUCCUGCGGGGUGAAUCAUUCCUCUUCUACGACUCUGAUGGAGACUUUCCCUCCGGAUCUCGUCCUGCAGCCUCCAUCCAGACAAAAUAUGACCAAAUCUUGUUCAGAUCAUAGCUCCAGUUUUUGCUUUGACGUAGUCGAAAACCAAGAGACGUGAGGAGGUUUAAUGACAGAGAACAAGAAACAAGUAAAAGGAAAAGUUCAUCCGAGGUAAAGCCAGUGUGUUGGUACAAACGUUAUGAGUGUUUCUUUAGCAAAGAGUCUAAACACAACUCACCUACUCUCUUCCAACAGCCGCUUGUUUGCAGCGAGACCAUGACUAGUUGAGGGGGGUGCAGCUCAAGAAAGAAUAUUUGUGAUAAUUUCUUUCUUUAUGAAUAACUUCCUUCUUCCGUGUCUGCAGUGCAAAAUAAUAAAUAUGAUGAAUAUUACUUCAAGGAAAUGAUAACGUAAUGAUCAUAAAUGUUCUUCCUUGAGCUGCGUCCCCCCGCCUCAGUUGAUGAUGGACUGGCCAAGGUCUCACUACAAACAAGCGGCUGCUGGAAGAGAGUUAGUGAGUUGUGUUUAGUCUCUUUGCUAAAGAAAUCAGGCAAAGUUAAAAAGAUGUUUGUGGCUAGUACUAUGGCUGGGACCCCAUAUGUACCGUUGAUGAAGUUAGGUGCUGUUCUGAGCAUUAUUUGUGGCUGUAGAGUGGCUCUCUGUAUUGCUAUCUGCAGUUGUUACUAAAGUUGAUAUCACUAGAGAAGCAAGCGGUCAGUAAAAUUCAUCUUUCGACGGGGUUUCUAACUCAGUGUAACGGUGUGUUUGACCUAACUUAAUUUUACGCCGGAAUAUCCCUUUAACUAUACACCAAAGUGUGAUGAUGAAGUCUUUUUAAAGUGUUCAGUGAGGAGACCAAAACUAUCAAAGAGUUACUCAAUCAUCUUUUAAUCUAAAGUCAAAGUUCUGUGCUCCUGUUUUUAAAUGUGAACUUCAAAUAGAUUACCAGGAAAGUAAACCCUGCUAUGUUAACUCUGGCUAACCAUAGAAACGGUUAAAAUAAUAGAGUCAGAAGAUUUUGAUUUCUUUAUCUAUUUUCUCUGCAGCUGUUCCCGAAGCAUUUGUUUUCAUUCAGCGUGGGUGAAACUGUGUGAUGAUGGGAUAUCGCCUUAUAUGGGAUUCAAUUCGACCACCAAAGAUGCUGGUUGUGGCUGACUCUCGCAGUUAAGCAUGACUAUUUCACAACAUAUUUGAUCAAUUUUUGUGACUGUUUCUCUGUCUUCACCCUUCUUCACUUCUUGAUUUUUGUGUUACAUGAAAAGAAACUGACAGAAACACUGAGGAUGUGAAAAAAUCACAAAACACAAAGAGAAAAGGGAAAAGAGAGAAGGCGUAGUGGCACAGUCCUUCUCCGCUCGGUCCUUUUCUGCGUCAGAGCGAUAUAAUAUCUGAUACUUUCUUGCCUUUGGGCUCAUGACUGUAAAACGAAGGCUUGUUUUGAAAGGCUUGCCAGUUCAAAUUCAGCAUUUUUAAUGACUGUGCUGCACAGAACUGAUGUGACAGCAUGCCCUUGUUGUAUAUUUAUAUACUGUAUAUAGAACUUAUUACCCAUUUCAACAUCAAGAAGAAUACAGGAGCACACGUGUUACACUCAUGAAUACAGAUCACAAUAAAAAGACACUGAGCUGAUGAUGGUUUUUAAAAUUCAAAACAUUAUAGCAAUUUCUUCUGAUGUAUUAAUUUUCAUAUGCACGCGUCAUAGAGCACCAGAGUUGAUUUACGGUUUCACUGUGAUUAGACAUAUCACACUUAUCCAGCUGGGUUAUUUGGCACGAUAUGUAAAUAUUAAAUAUUCAUUCACAAAUAUACUCCCACAUCUAGCUGUGCCACGCCAAGGAUCUUGGAGCUGCAUCAUACUGAAAGCCUGUCAGAGAUAAUAGAGCGCAGAGUAACAACGGCUGCAUUGACAUGAAGCAAAAUCUGCUGGUCCACAUUCGGACACAAGUCCACUGCAUGGACCUUAAGGAGAAAACAGAUGCACUACUUCUAUUGACCCCAUCCUCUUGAAUAUAUUUAUGCCUCGAGCUUAACAAGGGCGCAGAAAAGAUGCUGUUUCCACCCUGGGAAAUUAAGUUGUCUAAUGCAAAGGUUUUAAUUGCUAACAGCCACAUUGCCAAAGCAGAAAUCCCAUUGCUCCACGAGAUUGAUUCUCCUUCUUCACUGGCGGUAAAUCAUAACACGCUCCUGAAUUAUUAAGUGUGAUUGUGGAGGUUAAAGAGGAUGCAUGAGUCUAAUGAAGAAUUGGAAGGGUAAUAUUCAGGCUGAUGAGGAUAAUUCCCAGUGGGAAGUUGUAGGGCCAGUGUGGAGUUGUUAGGACCAGUUUACAGCGACAGUAAAUAGAUCAUAUCAGUCACUAGGGAUGGGUAUGAGUACUUAUUAUACAAGCAGCAUAUGACACUAUGACUGUUUACCAUACUACAAGACAACACACCCAAAUAUAAGUCCGGUUUAAACUCAUGUUUAAAUUUAUUCUUCCACCAUUUUGACAAAGUUUGUUAUGCAGACACAACAUAUGAUAAAGUGUAUACACCUGGACACAGUCAGUUUUUACAGCAAAUAUUCUGUACACGACCACUUAAAAACAGAAAAGGAAUAGACUGCUUUGGGCCUCUUAGAGAAUACAUUCAGACAGAACCACUUUGGUCCAGAGGAGGGAUUUGACCCAAGCUGCUGGCUUUAAAACAUACAUGGCUAUGAUCACCACUUUAGAAAAGUAUUAUUUCAAAAUGAAUUUAGCCAAAAACUUCAACUACAUACUCUAAUGAAUAAUAUUAAACACCAUGCCUUUGUCACUGUUUCACCUCUGUACAUCAGCAGCUGCAUUGUGUGUGUGUAUGUGUGUGUGUUUCCUCUGAGCAUUGGUAUCUUCCUCCUCUAUUACGAUCCUCAGCAGACGAUGAUGGAAAUAUUUUACACAGGCUCAAUACCAGCACCUGGCUGCAGUGUAAAUGCCCAGAGCUAUUAUGUGAGUGGAAAACAUGUGGCUGUCGCACUCUCAUUUAACGCUGCAUUACAGAAUGACACACAGAGUAGCUCCCAUUAUUAACCACAGAGCUGCGUCUUCCUCAUGCCAUACAUAGGCAUGAUUUCUAAGAAUGUCCUGUGGUGCAAUACUGUAUAUGCAAGAGUGGGACUAACUCAUAAAGACAUCUGACCUCUGCGCUCCAUGUGAAGCCGGAUACACUGUUUAAUAUCAGCCCAGCCAUCAAUUCACCCCCACUGUAACACAUCCACAUUUCUAGAAUACUGAAAACACAAACAUUCAUCCCCACCUGAAAAUACACUUGUACAUACAUGCCAUGAAAUAUAUAGAAAGCAAUCAAAUAAUUCACCUAUAUUAACAAAUAUAUACAAAGACACAGUAUCUACCAAUUAUAAAUUAACAUUGUGCAAAUAGUCAUAUAAACACACUCAAGAUGAUUUACCAGUAGGAGGCUUUCACUUUUUUUUAUGGAUGCAUGCUCAGAAGCAAACGUACCGCCAUUGAUUUAGCUUUAAGGGUUUUGUUCUACUUUUAUGGUCCAGAGUUUUGUUCUCGGUGUCUGCACUACACGCCCUUGCAGAAACAGAAUGAGGCUAAAUGUCUGCAGAGUAAGGAGUAGUCAUCAGGAAAGGCUCCAGAGAUCACGCAUUAGAUAAACACUUUCAUGAUGUAUGGCAAGAAGCCUCACAUAGAUGAUCACUGACUUCAUACUAGUAUGGAUGAUGUGACUCAUCCCCCCCUGAAAAAAGUGAAGCCAAAACACAGCCAUUACACAGGCGUAGAAAUGAUCUGGUUGGUGGAGCUGCAGGUUUGACGUCACACCUUUUCAACUAUCCUCAUAUUGAACUUCCAGGUAAAAGAGCAAAUACCUCUCAGAUCAGAUUACAGCAAAAUCGAUACUUGGAUUUAUUUGGAGGAGACACUUCUCUGUUUAUUUAUAGAUCUACAGUAUACAUAACUUUGUAUGAUGAUCAGUGUGCUCAAUUUGAGUGCCGACAGUUGAUGUCACCCUGUGUUAUAUGGCAUUAUAAGGGAUAACCAUAGCCUGAAAUGACCGCCUUUUUCUCACAAAACUUCAUCUUCAUUCUCAUAAAAAUUACAACAUCAAUGUCAACAUUUUACAACUUCUUCUUGUAAAUUUACAACUUUUUACCUUUUAAUUUACAACUCUUCUUUUGUCAAUUUAACCACUGUAAUCUCAUAAAUGUAAAACUUUUCCCUUACAAGUUUUUUUUCCUUAUACAUGUUUAUUCUUAUUUCUGUGACGUUUAAGUUUCAUUCCCAUCAAAAUACAACUUUUUCUCUUAAAACCAUUUUUUUCUGGUAUCAAUACGACUUCAUUAUCUUAAUAUUACAACUUUUUUCUCAUACAUUUAUGACUCUUUUCUUGUAAAUUUACAACUUUUUAAUUUAAAACUCUUCUUUUGUAAAUUUUAACACUGUCAUCUCAUAAAUGUAAAACUUUUCCCUUACAAGUUUUUUUCUUAUGUUUAUUCUUAUUCCUGUGAAGUUUUAGCUUUAUUCCUGUCAAAAUACACCUAUUCUAUUAAAACCUUUUUUCUGGUAUAAAUACAACUUUAUUAUCAUGACAUAAGAACUUUUUUCUCAUAUAUUUAUGACUCUUUUCUUGUAAAUUUUUGGCUUUGAUCCCCUACAACUUUUUACAAAUUACAACUUAUCUAUUGUAAUAUUAUAACUCUAGUCUCACAAAUAUAUAUCUUUAUGUAAAUAUAUUCACUUUGACCCGAACUAUCUGAUCCACUAACUACUACGAUUUAAAAAGAAGAAAUACUGAUAUUCAAAUUUAACAGUUUGACUAAUUUUCCAUCUACUACAAUACAAGAGAAAAGAUCGUGACCUUAAAUGCUGCAAGUCACCAGGGGGAGCUCUAAAAGUUUUGGCUUCACUUUGGGGGAGCUGUUGUCUCAUCCAUGUUUUAUAAACUCUGCAGAACUUUUGCAUCAAGCUCAAUAAAUCUGUCUGUCCGUCUGCACGACUACCUGUAGUUAACAUCUCUGCAACACCUUUAUUCUGCAGAUGUUAUUUUCAAGUCACAGGGUUGGCUUCAUACAUUAUGAAUGUUUGCCUUCUACAUGUAUUUUUAUUCUCGAUAUCAGUGCAAGGUUCCCCCUUUCAGCUCUACUGGAUGAGGCUGCUGCUGUCUGGAGGUUCAUAAAUUAUGCCCAGGCCUCUGAGUCAGACAGCAUUUCAAUGGCGGAUGAUGGAGAAACACAUUUAAUGGCACACAUUUAAAUGCAUCUCAUCCCUUGAAUACCAACUUGGCACAUUAAACCUUAGCCAAAAGCAGUACCCAAGGUUUAGACACAUCUAAAGAUGAUAUAUCUAUAUUUUUAAAGACCCCCUGCGAGUGAGUCAAGUGCUGAUCAUUUUCGUCUAAUCAUAAUUCAUCCUAAACCAUCUGUUGACCUUUUUUAAAGGCUGUUUGUAAGCCAGAAAUGUCUGAAUGUGAGCAGCUGCCGGUUACCAUUAAACCCUGAACAACACUGUGGUCACCUUACUGUAUAAAGUAACAGAUAUUUCUUUGUUUUCUGCACAUUUUCAAAAAAAAUCUGACAAAAAUGGACAGAUAUCAGAGCACGGCAGCAAAAAAAAUCCUCUGUCCCCUUGUGUGUUUUUUGUUUUACUUGCUUUUGUAUGAAGUUUAAUGUCCAAUCUGCUUUGAACCUCCAGUACCACAAAACACAGAUUCGAUACACGACACAAAUUAAAGUAGAGGCUCAAGCAAGGACCCUGUGUCUUUUUUUUGUUUCUGUUGCUUUUUGAGGUUGAAGGUUUUCUUAGUAUUGUACACAUCCUCUCUGCCUCAAGUUGCUGCUGUUGCACUGCCCAGUGUGCAGCAGGCUCUUUUUCACCGUCUGACAAACAUCUACAGAUAUCCAUUCACAAGGCUCACAGCACAUUAGACACCUCAGCGUGGGUGUCUGCCACAUCUCUCUCCAUGUUCAGGCUGUGGAAGGGGGCUGAGUGUCUCCCAGUGGCACUGAUCUGAGGCAAAGGCCGCUCUGACAGAUGACUCUAUCAGCCCAUCUCCUCACAGCCACACAGAGCCAGACGAGAGCUCAGGGCCCUCCGACUUCUUUCGUCAAGUUGUAAUUCCCAGCACAUUUCACAGAUCGCUCUCCUUGUCUUUUGGAGCCUCAUAGUUCUGCACCUUGUCUGUGAGGCCGAUCUCCUCCGUUAGAGUGCUGUUACUGAUGGUCCCCUCACUCCCACACUUGCCCUCCCCUUUGCUGUCUAUCAUACCGUUGUGGCAUCCAGCCACGAGCAUGAGCGUCUCCUCCGGGCUGCAGACCGGCGUAGUGUUCUUGGCAAUGUCUGGGAGAUGAGGCAGCCGAGAGACGUGGUUCAGCAGGCUUCCUGUCUUUGUGUUGGGGGUAUUGCUGUAGGUGUGGCGGUAUUCCUCUUCGAUGUUCCUCCCCAGCUUCCAGCGCUUCCACGUCUUCAGGAUCUCAGACUGCACCUGAGGGGAAAAGGUAGAUGUUACGAGUAUGAUGACAGGGGGGAAGGCAGAGGCUGAAAAAUGAGUGUUUGUGGUGUAAACAUGGAGACUCACUUCUUUGUUGACAAAGCAGUACAAGAUGGCCACCAAGAGACCCUGCAGAGGAAACCAGCAAUGAAUCAGCUCUUAACUCAGACUAUGGACCAAUCCCAAACCGACCCCUGCACACUUGCCAUUCGAUACCGAGUGUCACUUGUAAUGAAGUUUCACUUGCAGCUGUGGAGUGCACCUCAAAUGAAAUCGGAGGGUAUAAACAAGACAUGCGGGUAAAGGACGCCCUUCCCACUCCAUCGGAAAAUGGAAACAUUUAUCGCCAUAGCAACAGAAAGACGCAUCCUGUGCAUGGCAGCGUUUCUGUUUUAAGUAAACAGGCAUCAUGUACAGCUUCAUUCAUCGGCCAAUCAGGUAGCUUUGUUCCUGAAUUUUUUUUAAGCGGCACCAGAUAGGGUUGAGUUUGACGGCUACAUGUGGACACAGAUAUUUUUGAGAACUAACACGUGCGGACAGAUACAUUCAUUUAGACGGGAGUACAAAAAUAUCCUGAUAAAUAAAUAUCUAUAUACGUGUAGUCCGGGCCUAAGUUUCUUCCGUAUAUUAUUCUAUACAUGAUACUUUUAUGUCUGCAUGACUGUUCUCUCUCUCUCUCUCUCUCUCUCUCUGGGGGUCUAAUGAUUUCCUCCUCCGUCCCUUACUCUCUUCAUCAAGCGAGUCCCCUGUUGUUUAGUAGUAAUCAAAACACACGCUAUCCAUGUUCCAGUAGCUAAAAGGUCACCAUCGUUGUCACAGUGUGAAACAGCAGAUUAGCAGCACAAACAGCUUUGUAACGUUAAUGUAAAUCUUCCUGACACGUUCAUUAAUUCUUCAAGACCUUUUCACAAAGUCCAACCUGGAAAGAGGAGAAGAAGAGGUCGAUGAAGAGUUUGGUGAGACGCAGACCGAUGGUCGCCUUGGUGGACUCGUCUGUGACGAAGAUGAAGACCACCUGAUGGAUACCCAGCAGAGGGAUCAGGGUCAGAGUCGACUUAGCCAACCUACGAUCACAAGAUAGGAGGCAAAGAGAGAGACAACGCUGAGUAAAUGGAGAGGAGAAAGAAUAAUGUGAAAAGAAAAUCUGUUUCAGGGUUUGAUCUCACCUAAAUUUGUAAUCUGUGUAUCUCAUUUGAUGAGCUCGAAGCUUGGACACGAGAAUUUUGAUGAUAUGGAUAAAGAUCAGAAAGUUAAUCUGUGGAAGACAGAGACAGUGGAGUUGACAAAGGUCAGUCAAGCCAAAAUAAUUUGCUUAUACAAAAUAUAAGCUGUAAAGAUAAACACCAACAAUAUAGAAGCUCUAAGCAGAUGGACAUCUAUAAAUUUAGUUUCUCUGUUUCUAGUGAUAAUUUCUUCAUUUCACUUGUUUUCUCCAGUAUUGACUUAUCAUCAGAUGGUCAUAGUUUGUGUUCCCAGAGUUGAAAAAGCACAAAACAAACACAGACAUUGGCUAAUCUUUCCUUAUUAGAGUGUAGGCAAAAGAAACAUGGCGUGGUCCGGCACGGUGGCCUUUUGCUCACCAGAAAAAUAUCUUGUUAUCAUGAGAAAUCAAGCUUUGUUAUCUCAGUAAAAUAUGAAUAAAUUAUAGAAGUACAGCAGGGGUGUGCCUAGACUAUUUAGACUGGGGUGGCCAAGGCAAGGGGGGGUAUUUAGUACACACAUUAUGAUAGUAAUUUAUCCUUCUUUUCCUGUCUGAUCAUACCGACUGUACUACCAACAAAGUUCAAUACGGACAUAAUAUUUCGGUCAAAAAUGUCAACUUUAAAGAAUAAAAAUACAGACCGGUCAUAUAUCAGUUUUAUAAAUUAAAAUCUAAAGCUUUUAAAAAAAUCAAAAAGAAUAUUUUUGUCCUCAGUCACAAUUCUGCCAAAAAUAAAUCUGAAUUAUUCCAUCAUAAAAUGGUAACAAUAAGUAUUUUGGCGAGACAGUUAGCUUGUUUUCACAAAACCAUCAUAGUAUAGGACGUUGGGUUAGCUCUGAAGAUAGCCAAUCAGAUUUCAAAGGUGGCCCAUUUCACGAUAUUCAUUUAUUAUUAGCUGUCUUGUCAUAUUUGAAAAGCAUUUAUGUAUUACUGUAGAAACAGUAAGAGAUACAUGUACACAGUAAGUGUUUAUAACUAUAGUUUUCUACUGUGACGAGCCCGAACUUGGGAUUAGGAUAAAGAAGGAAACAUGGAAAUGGGAACCAGCCGCCCAGUCUCUGCUAGGACUCAAACACAGGAAUUCCUGUGAGAUACAGGCCACUUAGCAGUACGAUUAAUGCACGGAAAAUGCCGGGAUGUCUGUGUUAGUGGCCUGACACAAGAGCCAUGACAAAUUGCACUUAUAUAAAGCUCAGAAGUGACUCCAGCUGAGCACACCCACAGCAUGGAUAUGAGUUAGCUCUGCUGUUUGGGUGGGUAAAAGUAAUCCAAAUUUCUUUGGUCUGAAACCUUUGACUGUAGAGAUGUUUCCCUCGUGUUGGGCCGGAAGCACAGACAGCCUUUUAUACUUCAUAAAUAAAUUAGUUAAGUUUAAUAUUUCAAAAUGAAUGAACGGGGAAAAAAUUUCUGGGGGGAAAAAAGUGAAAAAAGGCUGAAGUGGUGGAUUAAACUGUAAUGCAGCCAUAAACUAUUAAAACAGCUUCUAUGAUGCCUGUGUACAAAUGCGGAAGCACAAAAGAAAGUCAUGCAAAAAACCUCAAACAGUCACUUUACAGUUUACAGCAAUCUCUCUCUGCAACCACAGAUAUUACGUUCACAAGAUCUUGAUGUUCGGACAAUAUAAAAUAACCCAAAGCCUCUGGCCUCAGCUGGGAAAAGCAACAAGAGCGGUAACAAAGUGAGACGAAGGAAGGUGACAUUACCACAACUGCCAGCAGUAUCGGGGAACGGAUUAUCCACCAAUAGUUCAUGUUUAUGUUUUGCUCCCAGCACCUGAAAAAGAAAAGCAGUGAGAGACGAUCAAAUAAAAGAAACGCCUCACACGCUUUUUAACAAGACUCGCUCUGUAGCUCCUCAAGGCUGAAGUGUUUUAAGACUAAAAGAAAGGCUGUCCACUCCCAAAUGUUGGUCACAGCCGAUAGAUUACAAGAAACAGAGAAAUGAGAUGGAGAAACUUACUCUUGGUUUUCAUACAGGUAUUUAGCUGCGACCCAGGGCACGAGGAAUAUUAAAGGAGCACCUGUAGAGAAAUGAGAGUUGUCUAAAUGCAAAACAGUCUUAAUGUUCACCAGCGUAACAGCCUUUUACAUUACUUAAUAAACACCUGAAAGACAGCUCACCCCAGCCGAUGCACAGGUAGAUCUUAAAGUAGUUCCUCUCCGUAAACACUGUGAUGACCAGGAGGUUGUGGAGGUAGAUGCCCUCCACCAGCAGCCAAUAGCUGUUCGCCAUAAUGCUGUACUGCAUCAUUACCACGGCGAUGCGGCAGCUGAUGGUCGUCUGCAAGACAGGGGUGUCGUGUUAACCAUCAUUUAGACGUGAGCGAUCAGUGCUGCAGCAGAUGGAAGCUCCUGUUUUGGUCCACAGUCAUGAGAGAGAUGCACUCGCUCUGUGACCUCCAACACAAACAGAAGAACUCUUAACAUCGACUUGGCUUUCGGCUGAGUAUUCUCAAGAGUUUUCUCACAGAGUUUGUUGUCGAAGACAUACCUCCCGUACAAACGGUUGACUCUGCUGCUUUAAGAAAACUAAUAAGUCAAAUAAAACUAAUAAGUUGAGACAACGGCAGCAGACAUUGAUAAGAGUAUUAGAUGCAGUUACUAAAGUGGUGUGCACACAUAAGGAUUUUUUAUCUGUUACAGACCCCACACAUGAAGAUAAAAAAUCAGUUUUGAUCGUACUCCGUGUGGUGUGCUCCGAUAAUCUCAACACAGCACACCACACACAAAAUGAUUCUGUUCCACCACAGAUCUAGAAUCUAGUCCUCCAAGACAGAAAUCUUGCGUGAUAAAACGUGAUCUAACAAAAGCGAAGAAGAAGAAACAUAGCAACAACCGGGAAACACAAGACGCAAACAUGGAAGAGGACACACAGGAGGAGGAUUGAUGGUGGUUUUGGGAGUAUUUUCGACAGAAAAAUCCUGUAUUAAAAAAAGAAAAGACUGGAAAAAAUCCUGGAGACAGCGUGAACGCGGACUUUAUAGUCUACUGAGCGAGCUAGAGGUUGUUCCUUGUUCCUCAGUCAGCUCGCUUCUUGAUUGGCUACAUUCCAUUUCACGUGACAAUCCACGGAAUCGUGACUCGGGAGUCGUCGGCUUUCCCAACAUCCAUGAAGAUUUUUGGUCGUAAAUAUUGAACAAGUUUAAUAUUUACGAUUGUCAGCCCCGACCCGUUUCAUAACCAAUUAUCGGGACAAAUUCACUCUUAAUACACCUCAGACCACAGGAAAAUCUUAUAGGAUGAUCUUAGGAGACAUAAGAUAAUCUUCCGAUUGUCGUUCUUGGACGGGAGGUGGAAAAUCGGGACAAAAACAGCCUGAUUAUCUUUAUGUGUGUACCCCGCUUUAGUAAAUCACUGCCCUUCAUAGCUCCGUGUUCGAACAUGACUGACCUCGUUGUUGACCAGCAGCUCCACCGGAGGCAUGGAUGCCUCUGGGAAUCCCGGCUCCUGGUCUCUGCCGAGGUCAUGUGACGUGAUGUUAGCCUCCAAAAGAGCGUCUUUGAUGAGGAUCGAGAGAGCUCGCAGGAUGAAGGAGGCAAACAGGUUCAUGUGGAUGUUGUUCCUCAUGCAAUGAAGUUUCCUGACAAACGAGAAGCAGUUGUGGUCACUCAAAGAUAUACCGCUGAUAUAAAAGGUUUGAAAUGUAGGGAAACAAGUGUUUUUCCAGGAUUAAAUAGAGGGUAUAGUACUCUGACCAGCAGCAAAAACACCAGAACGUCUAAAGCAGAGUUACUCAACUGUUCUUUUCAUAAAGUCACACAAAUGUCAAAGUGUCAAAGGGCUAUUUAACGGGGCCAGAUAAUGCCCUGGACUUUCUCCUGACCAGGAGCAGUUGCCAGGCAACAAGUAAAUGCUCCAAGAGUUACUGCUAAGUGAAAUUUAACACUGAACAAAGGUGUGAGGAAAUGAACGUUAGCGUUGUUUGAAGUUUGAUUUUGUUAGCUUAGAUUAGAGUUUUGUCUUUGUGUGAAGAUCAACUAAAUAAAUUUGCUUAUUAAAAACCAUCCUUACCUGAAGAAUAUGAGGAUGCCGAGAGCCAACACCAAAGCCACCAGAGAUAAGGAAUAACCAACUGUGUACAUGAUCCGAAUAUGGCCAUAAUACUGCUGUAAAUGACACACAAACACAUUUAAUAUACAUUUAUGUCUUUCUCAUACACUUAAAUAAAUUAAAACAGCAAUUUUCAUGUUACAUUUGCACUUUUAAAAUUAGAUUAAAUAUAAAUUAAUCUACUUUGAAUGCAUGUAUUGGUUAUAGAGGGAGAAAAGAGCAAUACUUCUUACCUGACUUGGGUCGCUGGAGUCACAUUCGCUGGUAUUCUUCAUCAUCAGCCACUGGCCAUUCGCAUCACACUCCUGAUACACCAUGCCAUGCUUAACUACACAAACACACACCAAUAAUCACACACACUGUCUUUGUCUGCAGAAUAGUAAGACAAACAGCACAUCCACUUGUUGCAUCUAUUACCUUUAUGGUACCAGGGCAGGUACCAUGGACACGACACGCUGACAGUGGUGUUAGGAAGUCCAUCAGGCCAACAUGCGUAUUUGUCAAAAGUCCUGUUGCACACAAGGCCUGAGGGGAGACGACAUGACAUAUGGGUGAGAAUUUGCAUAAAAUCACAGCCCAGGAGUUCAGUCCUAAAACGUGGUCUGUCCUCCUACCUUUAUGCCUGAUAAUUUACUCUCUCACUCAGGGAAAAAGGUGCAUGAGUGCUCCAGAGUGCUUUGAUUUAUGUGCGCUAUGUGUGCGCGCUGUUUAGGAAGUCAGAGAAGUGCAAAGUUUUCUGACUGUAAUUUACAAGCAAGCAGGCUGUACAGCAGCUCAAGUGCCACUUUUGCCAUGUAGUUAAACACUCUGUCGAUGGAGCAAACCGGAGCCAGUUUUCUCUUCAAGUGUGAGAAAAAGCAGAGAGUGUGUUGUGGCAAAUAGGAAACCGGGGAGCAGCAAGCCGAGGGAUUAUAUCAGGUUUGAGCAGGGAGUACAAACUGCGGUCCAACAUGGUCUGGUGAAAAAUGCCGGUCGAGCAUCUUUUAGUGCUUUGUUUCAGAUUUAUAGUAUGACGGCUCACUUAUUGGGUUUACUCUCAUAGUUUUGCCAACUGCAGACGGAUGUUUUCAAGGCUCUUAUGAACCCACAGCAAAAAAUAUCGAGUUUUAAACAGUAACCAAAUAAAUAAGAGACAAAAACUGAGGUAGAAAUGUGAAUAUUAAUAAAAAGACAUGAGCUACGAAAGUGUUGUCAAAUUUAUUUUUCAGACAAAUUUAAAAGUUAAUGAUCAGUCACUAAAUGUGUUUUCAUUCUGCCCUGGAAUUGAACUGACAAGGACAGAGACAUCUUGCAACCUCUUGUUCUUUGCCAAGAAAGAUAAGUGGGAAACAGCAACCGGAAAAGCAACAGGCAAACAAAACACAUCCAAAUAAGUGACUGAGCAGUGAAACAUCAUGCACAUGCAAAAUAGAGACGAGGAAAACAGUGUAAUGGGGUCAGGUUGUAAAUUUCUUUGCUUGCCUGCAAGAUCUGUAAACUGGAACUUGCGUAUCAUGCGAGCACAUCAGUGCAUGACCUACUCUUUUUAGAGCAAGUCAUGCAGAAUGUAGAGAGAACAACAUGUUGGACGGGACAUAACCUGUGACUUUCAAUGAAAAGGUCUGAAGAUACCAUCACACUAGGUUAGUUUGACAUCGUCAGUACCUUACAUUUUUUUCCAUCUUUUCUUUAUAUAAUUAUUUUGUUGAUGUUUUUAUCCUUUUUUCUUUCUCCUUAUGCUGGUUGAGUGUGUAAAAAUGGACAUAGUGAUCAGAUUCUAGUCUGAAAUGAUCAAGCAGUGCAAUAUUUUGUAAAUAUAUCUAAUAUCUAUAUUACUGUUGUAAUUUUGCAGGAUUAAUUAUCACCUGAUCGUAAAGCUUCGCCAUAUUUUACAUGGUUUCUGCUGCUGUUGGUUGAGCAACAGGAGUUAACAGCUGUCAAUCUAUAAGAAGAAGAGCUUUUCUCUGAUUGGCUACUGGAAGUGUGAAGGUCAUAUCUACACUGAUAUUUUGGUUUGUAUGGACGUUAUGGUCACCUGGUUAAAAUUCACCUGACAACCGUGUGGACUAUACUUUUCAAAUUUAAGACACAACUUUGGCAUAGCUGGUGCAACAGACCGCAGAUGUCCAAUAAAGUGAAUUAAUCCUUCUUUAUCUGCCAUCCUCUUGUCGUGCACUGAUAAACCGAAAAUUCACAGAUGCCGAAAUUUACGACAAUUAUCUAUAAAUAGAUGUUGGUUUUGGAUGAGUGUAGGUAGGCUAUGGUCUCAUGUCCCUUUAAGACGCUUUCCUAUGUCAGAGACGUGACUCCACCCCAUCCAGUCCAUAACAAAGAGGGAAAGACAGGUGAGGAGAUGGAGGACGGUUCAAAAGUUGUAGAAGCAGAAGAAGUAGUUAUCAUUUGUGGAGUAGUUAUCGUCCAUUUAUCGUUAUCGAGGUGAACUGCUCUAUAUAUAGUGAUAUUGAUUUGAGGCCAUAUUGCCCAGCCCUAUUGUGAAUAACCCAUCAGCAGUGGAUGCUCUGCUCACCGGUGUUCGGUGGGUCUCGGCUGUUGUUGCGAUCACACUCCUCCAUGUACAGCGUCCAACUCUCCUUCAGCUUGACCAGAGUAGCGGUUGGAGACACCUAAGAAAGCAGUGAAUUAUACCGUAUAAGAGGGACAUGUAACAAAAGGUCACACUAACAGGCAUUUUGAUUGUUUAUAAUUAUCCGUGUCGUGUUCAUAGAUUUGAAAGAAACACGAAAAGAUGUUCUGUAACAGCUGACUUGGCAAGGUUAUAUAUCUUUUCAGCUCAGAUACAGGAGCUGUAAACAACCUGACCUUAAGCUGGGGAUAUUAUCCGUCAAGAUGACACUGUUUCGCACUCUUACGUGCCGUGUGUAAGAGGGAGUUCAUGCUACUGUUCAGAUGCUGUGACACUCAUUAAAAGGAAGAAGAAAAAAACAGGACAGUUUGUUUAAGUUCAGCACUCUCUGGCUUCUUUCAGCAGAGCUCAAGGAACAACACCCACCCCCACACUUUAAAGGCCACUGACAAAGUUCAAUGACUUGCAUGCUGGCUGUCUACUUCAGGGAGAAAGUGUGUACAUACUCUUUAUAUGUGUGUGUGUGUGCGUGCUACCUGGACCCACCUGGAUGCUGCAGGAGAAAAUAAGCAUUGCCAAAAGGAAGAACAGCCGGGACAUCCCUUAUUCCUGCUUGGAGCGGAUACUGCCGGACGGGGAAGGGUUUUCACCUCAUAAGGGGGCUUAUCUACGCUCGCCACACUGCCUGGAUGACACAGAGACACACAAUCGAUCAAAGCUCAUUGCAAACACAACUCGCUACCUUGGUUCAACUUGGCUGAGUGAAACAAAAGGGACCAAAACAGGAAAAGGGCUGGGUUAUAUACAUCACUGUAACACGGAGAUUUAAAAGCAGCAAAAGUGACUAAGUCUUGAAACUUUAAGUGGAUUUGGAUAUUACAAAGAGAGAUGUUCAAUUGAAGCCUUCUGAGCAAAUAACGGCGCUGUUAUCUGACUGAUGCAAACCUAGACUGUCCGGAACAUCAAACAGAGAAACAAAAACAUCCAGGAAACGCUGUUUGUCCCAUCUGUGAGACACCUGCGGCUCAGCACAGCUGCACCCACUCAGUAGGUCACAGUCGGCAGCUGUCCCACUUCAUCGUCUCUGUCAGCGUCUGAGUGUGUCAGAGUGUGCCAGAGGUUACUCACCUGCACGUGUCCUGAGAGAAUCCGCCCGAGAGAUUAGGACGAAGCCGGAGAACGGAACGAAAUCUGAAACGUUUCUGCAAAAAACACCUUGACCAUGGAAACAUUUUUGGCUAAAACGUUUCAAAUUCCACUCUGUUCUAGUCUCUAGUGUCUCAUCUCGGGUUAGGAGGAAGGAGGAGGUUGUGCUAUUGGGAUUCCUUCCUCGUACCAUAUGAUACAUGUUGAAAAGAUAAGAGCACAAUGUAGCAUGACUGAUGUAUACUGCGUAUUAUAUAAGCGCUUAAGUCGUCUUUUCCUCCUCUGCUUGAAUGAAAGAAUAUGUCAACAAGCUUUUCAAGUCUGAGCCACCGUAAGUCACAACCUAAAGGUCCGGCCUGUAGUAAAUGAAGCAAGCUUUCAGAUAAUAUCAACAGCUAAGAGCCAUAUUUUCUAAAUGGCCUGUUCAGUGUAAUGAGCACAGGAUGCAGCGAGCAUUAGCUUUAGUACAGACUGACUGAUUGCUCGGGCGCCUGAGGGAUCAAAGCUCCUCUUGUCUGGUCUGACAUCAGGUCACAGCUGGUUCAGCUGAGAUCACAGCACCGACUCUUUUCCCCUUAACAUUAUCGGACAAGUUGAAGUCACAAAUCUAUUAUUGUUUUCACAAACAUUAGUGGUGUGAAACUGUAGACGUGUCUCUGGUUUGUCUUUAUUUGAAGCCGGCUUUGAUUCAACAACUCAAGGAUCUGUCGUGGGUUAUUCAUACAUUCAGAGCACAUGUUCAACGAAGACAUAAACCACUGGUAAAGCACUCGGAAAGCGCAGACCUCCGCCAAGCAGCUCAUGUCCCCCUUAUAUUGUGAUUCACACCAAAACUUUUACUGUUACGUGUCUUUUUUAUUAACUUUUAUUUGUGUUUAAACUGGUAUGUUCACUGUUCAUAAUGUUCCUAAAACAAGAAAUGCCCUGACCCGAAUUCGAACCUAGGACCUUCUUACUGUGAGGUGACAGUGCUAACCACUACACCACUGUGCCGCCUGUCUAUACCACUGUGCCGACCAUUGGUUAUCUUUCAGCAUUGAAAAUUCCAACGACACCCUUAUUUUUGUGUGUUCUGGAUCAACCUUUGAUACCUCAUAAAACUCAUUGAGAUCCUUUUGUGUCAUUUUUAACUAAGGACUCUUUUUUAUUUUCAUUUUUAUAGAGUUAAAUGCAAAAAUUCCAAAAUUUGCCCUAUCUCACAAUGAUAAAGAAUCCUUCAAAAAAUUCCUCGAUCCAGAAGGUGAUCCGGAUCACCACCGAAAUGUAAUGGGAUCCUCCUGGGGCUGAGACGCACCUCUGGUGAAAAUUUCAGGUCAAUCCGUCUGUAACUUUCUCCGUAAAGUUGUUCACAGACAAACAAACAAACAAACUAACAAACCAACGCUACCGAAAACUAAAAAUAACAGCCAAACUUCGUCUUAAUCUCUUCAUCUGCACUUUGUACGUGGGUUCUUACCAGAAAAGGUGCCCUAGCAUUACGCAGGUGGAGAGAAGACACUCAUCCAUGUGGGUGAGCACAUGCUUUUGCUUACUGUGUGUGACAGUUUUGCAAGGGUUUCCCUCGCCCUCUCCCUCCCCCCUCUCCUUUCCCACGAACACAUAAAGUGACUCAUUUCCCACCAUAGCAGCCAGCCUGCUCCACUUUCUGCAACUUUGCACCAAGUCGGAGCAAUGAUUAACCUGGCUCAGUGCAGGACUGUAGGAGAGAUUAUGAAAGAAAGCCACACAGACAGAGCGAAUGAUGGAGUGGGAGAGGAGGAUAGAGAAAGGGCAGCACUGUGGCCCCUGACCCCGUUUUUAAGCGCUAACAUUCAUAACAUCAAACAUUAUCUUUAGGUGUCGGGUAAGUCCUAAAAACACAGAUCAAACAAAGGUCCCUUUGUGAGCAAAACUGAGAUAUGUUCCCAACAGGAGUGCAGGAUUAUCCGACCCAAAUUGGUUACAGAUAAUGUCAAAGGUACAAGAGCACAGGUCAGCGGAGCUCUGAUGUACAACUCGGUUGAUGGCACAACCCUAAAGUUACAACCCGGGUCUCUGCGGUUUAACAGCUUAUUCCACUUACUGUGCUCGCUGCUUUCAGUCUCACAAAACUCUCAUGCUGACCUUUUAACUUUGAGGAAAGCACAAUUCACUUGGAUGGCUUACGGAGAGAAAACAACAUGCUAGGAAUCAAGAAAGGUGAAAAGGUGGACUCUACCUGAAAAAAGGAAAACUAUACGAUACUGUGAUUUUCUCUUUUUUUAAAGAAAAGAGAUUAAAUCCAAUGACAAAGACAAUCUUACAUCUUGAUAUAACAGACAAAACUAGUUCUAAAAUGUUGCGUUAGGAAGCAAAUUUCACAGACCCAAAUAAUAAACAUUUUCAGUACGACAACUUAGCCAAGUCUAUGGCACCUACAGGCUAAUUUAAAAAGGUUUACAACCACAUCUUGUGGCUUGGAUGGCCUUUGGGACAUGGUUAAUAGUAUGUUUUUUCUUUACAGGAUUUCAUGAGGUACUUGUCAAGAGUAUUACCCACACAGGAUCUCAAUAAGCUCUGCCCCUUGGGAAACCAGCUAGAGAACCAGCAGACGCAGACUACCAUCUGCUGCAGACGGGUCAACUCCACCGUGUGAUUUAGCUGAUUUAACAAAAGCCUGACCUUAACAUUUAUACUGGAACAGGUGUUUGCGUUAUUUGAAACUUUUCAGCGCUUCACUCUGCCUCCAGAAAGCCGGUUUGUUUUUGCACUUACUGCAGACUUGACACAUUUCUGGUGCUCCAAUUGCAGUGCACCGAUCAGCUGGUCAAGAGGUUUUUAAAAUAACAAAAUAACAAACUACAAAAUGUGUGAUUCUGACAGUCGUGAUGACUCGCCUUUUACUGUGGACAAGAGAGGAAUAAAAAGACCAAAGGGAAAGAGACUCUCUAUGAUAAGAGCAUCCAGCUGGUGGUGCAGGAGCGGAGUGUGAACAGUGAGCCUAUACUUAAAGCUCCUGUGGGGAACUUUUUACGUGUCAAUUUUGGCGCCCCCUAUGGACAAUACAGUUUUUUUUAUCUCAUUCUACCUGCUUUGGUAGUGUCCUCUGACAAAGCAUGAAUCCUGCUGGCUUAUGACAGUUGAAAUUAUCCUUUAUUGUGACUGUUUUACAUGGAAAUUGUAGAAAGAAAAAAAAAACAAGGCAGUUUUAGCUGGCACCUACCACCUCGCCCCCUAUAAAACUUCUUUAGAGUAGCUUUAAACAAGAACCGUCAAUGCAAAGUAAGAGGAUAUCAUAAGACUGUUUUUAACUGUAAACAAAACCUUCAGUGGCUUUCACAGAGGAAGGGCAAGAGCAGUAAAAGGAUGUUUUGAAUUUCUCUCAUUUAUAUUUUAACUCAACAGCUCACUCUGAGUCCUCAAAUAAUAAUAAUUAAUGUCAUCUUGAAUUCCUCAAUCUCAAACCUUUGACAUCAACACCUUUCUUCUCCUCUUGUUAAGAUUCUACUAAUUAAAAUCAGUCUCACAUCACAUGUUUGGCAGUUUUCUGCUCCAGUUCAUGUUGUAUUUGCAUAUUAGUAGACAUAAAAUAAUAAUAAUAACAAUAAUAAUACAUUUUAUUUGUAUAGCUCUUUUUACAGGAGCUCAAAGACACUUUACAGAAAGUUAAAAAAACAACAAAAAUACAAUGAGGCAAGGAUUAAUAGUAACAAGCUAAAAAUAAGAUAAAAUCGAAUCGGAUGUGUUCAGGGAGGCUGAGGCCCGGUCCCCCAGGGUACGGUGCUUGGUUUUGGCUGGGGGUGAGAGGAGGUUUGCGUCAGCUGAGCGGGGUGAUGUGGUCGAAUGGGCGGGUGCGGGUGAGAAGUCUGGCGGCGGAGUUCUGAAUGUGUUGCAGUUUGCUGAGGGUGGUGGAGAGGAGACCGUAGAAGAGGCUAUUGCAGUAGUCCAGGCUGGUGGUGAUGAAAGCGUGUAUUAAGGUUUCGGCAGCAGAUGAGGAGAGAAAGGGGAGGAGUCUUGCAGUGUUUUUCAGGUGAAGGAAGGCGGAGCUUUGGGUGAUAUGGUGGUCAAAAGUGAGAUUGAUUCCAAGGUUGCGGACGAGUGAAGAGGCGGUGAUAUGGGAUUGGUCAACGUGGAUUGAGAUGUCUGAGAUGGUUUCACCAAAAUACCCUCAAAGCUGGACACAAAAUGUCCUUAAAUGAGCAUCCAGUACUUGAAGUGCUCCAAAAUAAAAGGAUGUGGAGGAGUUGGAAGACUCACCCUGAGGACACUCAUUUGUAACUCUCUCAUGCUUUAUUUAUGCAGAUUUGUCACAUCCAAUGUGUCUGCUCAGAUGCCUUCGAUGCAGGGUGAAGAGGAAUCACAUCAGCCAUUUGGUCGGAGCUGGAGUGGAACUAACGGGCUCGAAGGUGUGAUGCUAAUUAGGCUUGUAAACUCUGAUGUUGUGAUACGCUGCGAAAGCUGCAGCCAGCAGAGGAACCCGGACCGAAUCAGGGGUCUGCUGGAACAUGUGUUGUUUAGUAACACUACCUCUCAGUUCCAGGAAGUAACCUCCAGCUUUUAUCGCUUCUGUUGCACGUCUGAUUUAAGAGCUGGGACUACCGCAGAGAGUCAGAGACGGAGAGAGCUCUCAAGGUGUGUGGGCCUGUUUUAUUUGGUGUUCUUCCCCCUGAGACAAGCCAAAAUAUUCUCUCUCUGCUUCAGGAUGUUUGAAAAAUGCAGAAAAAUAACAUAAUACUCAUGAGAUACGCCGUAUUGUUAAUAUUUCACCUUGGAUUUGAACAGAUGCAAUUCAACUUCAGCACCAAAAGGUCAUAACCCUUUUGAUUGAGCGGACGGAAACAACAAACCUGUUCAUUUACAUGAGAAAUGCACAGGAAAUCAAUAUUUUUAAAAAAAAAGCAUUUCCUGAAUGCUUCAAAAACAUAAAAGCUGCUCCGAGUGUUCAAGUGCAUGCUGGAUGGCUCAACACAAUGGCUGCUAACACUCACCGUUGUUUGUUCGAGAGUACUUACCUUUCAUUCGAUUGCACUGUCUAACAAAUAAAAUUACAAAAGAGGAGUGUGUGUGCGUGAAUGCGGGCAACAGGGAUUAAAAACAAACCUCUUGGGAAACACAAUGACUGUCCGGUUCAGAAAAUGCCCCCGGAGCAACAAUCUAUCAUGAAGUACACACACACAGACACACAAGCCUCCUGCAUCACCCAUCUUAUUCCACUCUGCAGGCCGUUGGUGAAGCCUGUUUGUCUUUAUCAGCACUGAAGUGAGGGUCACUCGUGCGGCUUUGUUUCAGACAUAUCCGUCACAUAGAGAAAUGCAUCAUCACUAAAGCUACAAUGCAGCUCGUAGUUAUGUGUGUUUUUUUUUUCUUUACAUGCUUUGACUUAAUGUUCCAAGUUAAAGCACGCCAUACUCAUACCUUAGGGCUGUAGAUGUUAUACUGAGCAUGACAGUGCUGGAUGAGAGCCCCUCCAUCUGAUAAUGGGGUAAAGGAGAGGUCAGGGGAGAUGGAGCAUCACGCCGCAACACGCUCUGAGACUCCUCUGCAGAAAUGAAGAUGGAGAUAGCGCACUUAUCCAUCAUUGUGCAAAGGAUCCAUCAACUGCAGCGAUUUGACUUCUCCAAAAACUGCGGGGAUGAGUCAUGAGUCAGCCAGUGAACUCUAUCAUGCUUAUAACUGCAUGAAAGUCUGUUUCUGGUCAUAUUGAGGUGCUUUCAUGGCACCACUUCUUGAAAACAAAGUCAGCUGUUACUACAAAAUCAGAUGUAACUCAGCGUGACCGAAUAACACUGAUUCAACAGGAAAUCUGUCCUAACAAAAACUUCCAGAGGAUGUCCCAGUUUCCCGUAAGAUAUACAGCAGCAGUUCACUUCAGAUCUGCUAGGCAACCAUCAGGAUUAAAAUGAAGCAAAUCUAAGAGGGAGCUUUCUGUUUGCCCUUCAGUGAACUCAGAAUGGCAAACAAACCUAAUUUACUGUGGUGUAUGAGUCAGUUUUGAUGUUUGUCUGCAACAAGCUCUCUACCAUUCAUGCUAAUUAUUAAGGCUAAACUUGAUGAUAAGAUGAUGAGAGCGCCAUUAGGUGUGAUUAGGUGCAUGGAGAAGAGGCUGCAGGGCCCUGAUUGGCUAAUCUAAUGGGGAGGCCUAUCAUAACAGGAGGGAGUCAGUUGAUUUAGGGGGGUUUCACACCUACGUCGUUUGGUCCGGACAUUUCUGUUUAAUCCAAACCAAAAUUAAAGGUGUAAAAUCUCCCCAAGACCUACGUCCGACCAGAAGGUGGUCUCGGUUCGGACCAAACUGAACCAUUAUCUGGUUCAUGCCCAGUGUGAAAGCUUUAUUUUGAAAGGUUCUGACCUUUAUAUCAAAGACAGGAAAUGGAGAUUGUCCACGAACGGGAAAUUGAACAAUAUUGUACAUACCUCACUAUUGACAGCUCAUCUUUUCAAGAGUUUUGCAACACAUCUCCAGAGUCGGUGUUGCAGUGGCUCUCAUGAUUGUAUACUUUCUUCUCCUUUCCUGUAGAAGACGAUUAAGAUGUCGUCUAAUGGUAAAAUUCAUUACCCCCAAUUUCCACCGCAUCUGGAACGGCUACGAAAAGGCCGUAUCCGCCGAUCGUACAUUAAUGUACUGGAAGGACGUUGGGCACAGACACAAAAUAAAACAUCCGGCUUCUUUUCAAAAUAAAACACUCCGUGUUUCAGGUGGAUCGCAUUUCACACCAUGCAAACGGGCGGGGACGAACAAGUGAAAGGUUUAUAGAUAGCAUUUCACCCCGAUGACACCAUGGAUGAGAGGAUGCUGAUUUUACAAGUCUAGAUACACCAUACGGUACGGUACGGUACACCAUAUUCCACCUAAUGUAAGGUUUGAGGCAAAUUUAGCUCUGUUUGAUAGAUCAAGCUGCUGUUGCAUGAAUCGCAGAGGCCUUAUCCACUUUCAAAAUUAUGCUCCCAUGACAGAAUCGCCUCUUAUAACGCCACUGCUAAUCAGUUUGCAUUCCUAAAGUAUGGGAAACAUGUCUUGGUAUCUUAUUACUAAACAUUUAUUUGAGAUUUCAGGAGAAAUAUCCCCUGUAAGAUCAAGCUCCCAGCGUAGAAUCACUUUAUAUAACCUUAGCAGGAAAAAGGGAAGCAUGUUUCAACGCUUUAUCACUAAAUCAUUGUUUAAGAUUCCAGACGUAACAUACUUGCUCAUCUGUGUGGUGAUAAGCCCCUGAGAUUGUGCCCCUGUGCAUGCUCAGCUGCACGUCUUGAUAGGUAACUUCUGUUUGAUAAAACACUAUAAUCCAACUCAAACUAUCAUCUUUUUCAUAAUAAUAGUUUUAAAGUCUGUAUUCUUCCAUUUUGCAGAGUUAACCACAUGCAAAUUUAUCGUUUCCAAGAUGACAAAGUCCCUAAAAGCCUGUUGCUGCAGACAUGUUAAUGAUAAUGCACCUUCUGACUGAGUGUUUCAUGCCUUGCUUGAAACACUCAGAUGGAUGUGACUAUAAUUUUCUAAAUCAGAGCAGAUUCUUGAUUCCAAACACUUUCUCAACAACUAGGAAGUUUAAAUUGAGUUAAUACGUGCAGGAAGUGGAGAAACUAUCCAAAAUGAUGACCGUCCCUGCAUAAAUAUUAGUACAACAUGAAGUGUAGACCACUGGAAAUCGCUCAAAUAGAAAUGAAUCAACACACAGGAACUUGACCCAGUUUUGUGAUAGAUUUUCGUUUGACAGACUGUUUUUGAAAAGUCAAAGAUAAGCUGAAAAUUGUCACAAUCUUUGUUUGCUCACCAGCUGCUGAGCUGGCCUCCACACAGGGAUUAGAGAUCAUUCGAUUUUUCACUCCAAUUAAACCUUUUCCAGGAUGUGCCAGUGAAGGGAUACACACACUGCAUAUACACUCUUCACUCCCCGACCACAAAAUUACCAUGAAAGUUGUGGCCUAAUUUGGUCAGUCCUGUCUGUGGGAUUUAGUUGUCAGCUCUGUUGGAUUUAUUAGGGGAUGUGACAUACACUGCUCUGCGAACCGUUCGCUGCCUGCUGGCAUUUCUCUGCUGACUUGUGUUUGGAAAAUGUGUCGAGUCCAAGUCUCACCCAGACCUCUACAUAUUACCUUUUCCACAUCUCAGAGAGCAAAAUUAUCUAAAAAAAAACUGUCACUGUGUGUUUUAGAGGUGUUCAAACAGUCAAUGGGACACAUUCAUUCACUGAAUAAUCGACUCAGAGGUGUCUGCAGCAACACGCUUUAAAAAACUGACACUCAAAUGGAGAAAGAAACGUGUUUGAGGGAAAAAUUGGCAUCACAAGAUAUAGUCACAUCUUUAACUGUCGCUCUACUCAAGAUGGAGUUCAACUGGCCGACUGCCACAGCUGUGAGAUUAAAAGGAAAACAAGUGCUGUUACAGUGAAAAGAGGAAUAUUAAUAGUAUCACAUGGGAGAAGUGUUGGAUUAUUCAUCAUCUGUCUCUCCUUUCCCCUGUUUCCAGAGAUUUUUUUUACUGCGAGGAGGAAAAUAUGCAGAAUUUACAGCCUACAGUCCAUAUGGGAAAGGUAUGCAUCCCUUUCACACACUUUUUUUUAAACAUAGUAUGUGUUACAGUGAUUGAACGGAUUCUUUUUCGCACAGAAUGCGAGCAUCUGUGGGAUGUUAUGGAAGAGUUAAGCCUAAUUGAGAGUGGAGCCUUGUGCCUGUAUUCCCAGAGCAGUUAGAUGUUUCGUACUGAAUGGAGAUGUGUUCGUAUUAUGAAUAUUAACAAGAAUACAUUAGCCUCAAAACUUAACAACAUAUGGGGACCAAUGCUAAAAAAAAGAAAGGCUGAACCGCAAUAUUUACAGAACCAAAGUCACCAGAGAUGCUCUCUGUCUCUGUCUGCUUCUAUAGAGCUUGUGUUUCAGAACAAACAGCAGAACUAACAGGUACAGGAGGGAUGGAGUGAGAGGAAAUUGUCCCCUAAUCUAUGGUGGAUGGAACAGUUCUCAUAGAUGGACCAUAAUCAACCACGAGACAAUCUCCUGUCUAGACAUCUGGAUUCUUGUUUUACAUAAUAACAGUGAGGUCACGGUGAACCUGACCUCCGACAGACAAACUCUGACUUUGUUUGCCCCGAAUUUGAAGAUAUUUCCUCUUUGAGCUGCUGAGAUAAUGCGUCACAAUAAUUGGAUAUUUUUAAUGGCUUUUCAACUGAAAUGUUAUAUCAAGAUGAAAGUGACCUUUGACCUUUCAGGGUAGAAAAAGACUAAUUUGGGUUUUAAAUUUUUAAAUAAUUUAGUCCUAUAACAAGUAGAACUGUCAAAAAUAUAUAUUGUUUCUGCAGUUAAGAUAGACGUUCAACCUGAACUUGCUCUUCUUGGCUUUUGCAGUCAGCCUCAAGUGGAUACUUGAGGAACUGCAGGUUUUAUCACAUCUCAUUAGCCGCGUUUUUCAAAAUUGGUUGGUUUCUGCAUGCUAUGUUAUAAAAAAGCAUUCACCUGCUGUGAAGAUUGAACUGCAAAGAAAAAAUUAAAUGCCUAAAACAAUCAAAAAUUCUGUCUGGUUGAAGGCUAAAACAUACAGGAUGCUUAUUUGGAGCGUGGCAGCGUUGCGUAUCACGCAGCAAAUAGGCUGCCAUUCUAAUCAAUGUAGCUAAGCAUACGGGACGCAUAUCAGCUCCGUCGCAGCAUUGUAUCGAGAGCAGCACAGCUAAAGAUACGCAACAAGUCUAUUUUUGCUGCUCUAGGCUUCCAAUGCGCGUCAAUCCACACAGAGGAGAUCGUUCUAGACAGGAAGUCGAGCACAAAAACCGCGCAUGGUAUUUCAAAAUGAAACACCAAAAUGAAACACUGUGGACCCCAACAGGACUUUGAACUGCUAACUCUGUCUGAGGGUAACAGCACAGCAUAAAGGAACAUAGUUUACUUUAAUAAAGAUGAGUAAACCUGAAAAAAAAAAGAAAUUGUAAAAUCACAUUCCUUCAAUUUCACAUAUUGUAGAAGCUCAACAAACACUGAAUUAUAUCUAAAUUAGCAGGAAAUAGACCAAAGAAAGGAAAAACAAACUGUUGUGAGCUUGUUGUUUCCUCUACACUGAGCCCAGCUGACUGGGGCUGCACUACUCUGCUGCUACACUCCAAAUACACAUCUUGUAUGAUCCAAUGCUGCUGUACGGAGCAAAUACAGAAUGUGCUCAGUAUGGAUCCUGUAUGUUUUCGGCUUAAGACUGUUAAUUACAGUCAACGCAUACCAAACAGAAGGUAGCUGCAGGUGUGUGUGUGCGGGGGGCCCUGGAGGUCACGCACCCUCGUAGCUUAUGAGUGAACACCUAUACAGGAGUUAAAUAAAUGAGUUUGCUGCAAGUGCAUUCAUCUCAGUAAAAGUCAAACUAUCUCAUUAAACUUGAUAUAAAUCCCAUUCACCUGACAAGUCCAGAUAUGAAUCACAUUUUAAGAUAUAACAAGCCAAAGAGUGAGGGACUAAUCAGCUGUAACAAGUACGAACGACGGCCUUUACAGCAAGCAUAUGUUUCUUUAGUGUCCUAGAACAAGAUGUGCUACUCAAAUUGGCAGCCAUUUUCCCUCAUUAAACUCAAUGAAGUUCUUCGUUUUGGCUCUUGGUGUCAUAAACUAGGAUCAUUAUCAGGACUUAUCAGGUCAGUGUGACUUAUAUUAAAUGUAAUGAGAUAUUUUGACCUGAAAUUAGAAGAUUUUAAUGGUGUUAAUGCAGAAUGAGUAUCAUUAAAGUAUACCCGUACCAAUCUUUCAUCUUUGACCUUAAAGUGGACAGCCAUGCCAAAGUGAAAGUCAUUUCCUGUAGCUGUUCUAUCCGUGUAGCAUCCACAGAAAUGAGGAAGACAAAUGGAGGGAUCGUUUUAGAGCGUUACGCCUCGGGCCACAGCUGUUGAUGGUGUAGAGGCUUAGGAACAUGAAAAACUGUGAUUCAGAUUUCCACAGCUGUGUUAUGUGACUGUUCCGCCCUAAAUGUUUGUUACUAACCCUGGCACAGUGUGUGCGAAUGGACUGUGACCCACCUGUGUCACCGCUCCUGUGACACUCAGAGCUCUUUUCCAUGCGCCAAUUAUUCGCAUGUUUUUGUAAGACAUUCACAUUUCCCAUUCAGAGGUGAUGUGGGCGGGAAACAAUGAAAAAAAACUAUUGUGUAACUUUAAAGAUGUACCUGUAUUGUGCGAGUGCAUGUGUAUGGGCUUUUAUGUAUUGUACAGGUGCAUGUGUGUGGGAAGUGUUUUGCACUGGCGGGUUGAUGUUUCAUGCGGCGAGCAGGAUCUGUGAACCGUUCCUGCUGUGAGGCAACAACACCCCUACAGAGCACCUUUGAUUAGAUUCAGCCUUCACCAUCCUACACUGUAUGUACCCUUUUUUUUCUGUUCAGUGAAAUUUUCAAAUAUUACAAUUUCCUACAGGAGGCCAAAGUGGAUUAAUUUAAAGUUAAAAAGUAAAAUAAAAUCAAAGUAAUGUCGAUGGUGUGAGCUCUCUUUAAUUACGUUUGUCCAACUGAGAUCUCUGUCUUGAUUAAAAUAAUUUUAAACUAAAUUUGGAGGAUUACUGUCAAGAUUAAAUCUUAAUUUGAUGUGUUACAGAAUAAAAAAGGACCUUAUCAUCUUUUAACCUAAUUUGACCUUUUUGACACACCAUAGAUAGACUGGAGAAUCUCCUUAAUCUCUCCUGUUCAAACAAUAACCCCACUGCACCUGAGAAGACUUCCAGACAGUAUUUGACAAGUCAAAGUGAAUUAACUUUAUAUAAUAUGAACAGAAUUAAAAUGUAAUUGAAGUUCUACUCAAAGCAAACUUCUGUAAUGAAGUUCAAGAACAAAAACAUCUAAAAGUUUAGCAGCUCUCUGCAGAACUUGAACUUGUAUUUGCUUGAGAUUGAGAUAAACUGUCAGUGUCUCUAAUCUCUGCUGUGAGGAGCUGCACCCUGCGCUGUUAUCCUGUAAUAUGAUGAGUUGGAUGGAGACCUAAAGUCUUACUUCCUGGAGUGAGUUGACAAUGCGCUCCAUUGUGCAUAAUUACACAGCUAGUAUGUGCAGCGACUGAGCCCUGGACAGCCCCAGACUGAUGCAACCCCUGAUUACAAGAUGAAUAUGUCAAAGUAUCAUCAAAAGCCUUAUUACACAGAUAUGUGGAUUUUUAGUCACACGCAGAAGGAAAUCUUGUCUUAAAGGGAUAAUCCAGCACAAAAUUAAUUUAGGGUCAAACACACCAUGACACCGACUUUGACACCCCCUCGAGAGAUGAAUGUUGCCGACCGCUUGCUUCUCUAGUUAUACCAACUUUAGUAAUCAAUUUUAUGCUGGAAUAUCCCUUUAAUAACUUUAAUAACCCAAAAGAUCUAACCUGCCAUCGCACCUGCUUUCUUUUCAGUGACAUUAAAUUAAACCACAUUUACAUUGGGGGCCAUAGGGGGCCUAAUGAACCCCUGAUGCUACAAAUAAAUGCAAGAUUCAUGAUGCCAAACAAAUAGAUCCUACAUGAUCGAUUUGUUUGAGACCCCAGACUGAAUCCCAGUCAAUCCUAAGAAUAGUAGAAAACCGUUUUAUUUGUUUAUUCCUUUUUUCUGUAUUAUCUAAAUUACCAGAUAUAUUCCUGCUUUAGUAAAAUAAGCAAUUUGAUCAUUUUCCAGCACUGAAACUAUUUGCAGUAGUUCCAAAUCAAAACCUGAAUCAGAUCAGUCAAAACCUGCCAAAUGGCUCCAGUCCACACCCUGAGUUGUGACAGGAUAAUUCUACAAAUUAAAGCAGCCGAAAAGCGCGAAACUUAGCAAAGCAUGUCAGAGUCAUCUCCUGGGACCAAAAUGACCCCUUUAUCACGGUAAUAAAUCUCCCUGUGACAUUCCCGGCAAUUGCCUGAGAUUUGGUGUAAACAAGCAGGCGGGGAGCGGGGCCAGCGCAGCAAAUCCACCUGUCAGCACUUGCAGGGAAGCAUGACAUGUCGAACACACUGAUUCAGCUUCUGGAGGACACAGAAAACAGCUCUUAACACUGUGACAUUUAACUGAAAGCUAUGUUGGUGCCAAAGAGUACAGUUUGUGUCAUCAACAGACUUUAAAAAAUGACUCGAUAAAUGUCAAAAUGUUCCCGACAGCUCACUGAUUCAAUGAUGGAUAUUUACUCUGUUAUAAUAAUAUGAGAACCAGGACUAAAAAGUGAUGUACUCUUUAAAAUCUCGGGUGUUUUCCUUGUAAAAAACAAGUCAGAAACUGUCUUAUGAUGCUCUUGCAACAUCUCUGAGUCCUAAUGAGGGCUGGAGUUCAGGGGGCAAGCAGCUGUUUGACAAACAAACGCUGUUAUCAGACCCAAGACAACAUGAUAAACCUGCUUAAUUGAGUCCAUCAGGGACCAGAUUUGUGAGGAGCAAUAAACAAAUACAGACUUUAAGCGUCUCUGGAUGCAGUUUCUCACCUAGCAAAGUAGUAUAUGAACGUACAAACCCGCACUGAAUAAGUCAAAAGAAACGGAGCAGAAUUACAAAGUAGCCGAGAUCAACACCUUUAACAUUCAGGAGAAACCUUGAAGAGAACAUUUACUAAGUCUGCAUCGCUGACUGAUGGGAUUUUAAGAAGCACAGUGAAAAGAAAUGAGGAAAUGAGGCUGUGUAACACAAUAAACAGCAGGAAGAAGAAAGAUAGAAAGAGGGGAAAAAAGGCAUGUUACUAACUUGACUUCUUUUUGCCACAUUCAGAGAUAUUCCCAAUUUCUUUUCACACACACACACAAAGAAAAUCUUUACAUUUUUAAUAUAUAUAUGAUCAACACUCACCAAGCUCCUCCCCUAUAAUUCCCUCUGUAAUCUGUAUGAGGUAACUCCAACCAGACCAGAUGAAUUGUGAAAGAGUCGAGGUGAUCCCUACACUGUCUCCUCCGCCCUCUAUCUCACAGCUCUAUUGUAUGUUGAGAUUUAGAUGCGGGCAGCCUCUGUUUACGUGCAGUAAUCCCCUGAGCUCCUCUUCACGGCUUCGUCACCGUCAGCCUGGAACUUAUAAACACUUUGAGAAAAGGAAAGAAGAGGUUUACCAAAAUAUGGAUACACUGAAUCUCUUCAACCUUGUGUGGCAUUUACGUCCAAAGAAAAGAAAAGAAAUUGAUUCAUGAGGAAACAAAUAGAAGAGGUGCUUUAACAACAUCUGAAAAGUGGCGCUAAAUCCUUACAGUGUAUUUUUAGACUCGCAAUACUACUGGCAUGUAUGGUUGUCGUUUUUAUUAUUACCACCAAAUCCACCAAGGAGACUAUAACCGGUAAUGGGUGUGCUCAAAUGGGCGCCUCAGUCUGAUGUAUUCUUGGAAAAUUGUCCAUCUGUGCCAUUACUAUCGACCUUAAAACAUGCAUUUUACCAUUUACUGAGGGAUAAGAUGCAACCUGUGCCACACUGACUAUGAAAACUAAGAAUACAGCAGUAAAAUAAUAUUAUAUAUGAGUAUUCUGCUUAGAAAUGUAGUUUCAAAAUAACUUGUGAUGCAUCUUGCUAAACUACAAGGUUAGUUUGGUAGUUAAACCAAAAUUGAAACUACUCACAUCUAAAAACUGAGCGCCAACAAGUCACAGACAAAGAUUUUGCAAAGCCGGAAGAUCUUACAGGAUCACCUAGUGCGUUUACAUGUUGCUCAAAAAAAACGAUUUGUGCAGCCGUUGAAAUCUCCAGUGAGCGGGGUAUCAGCCAAUAAUCUAAUCCUACAUUUGUUUGCUUCCCCAUUGUGUUUGUUUUGCUUCCUAUAGGGGCUGGAAAGACUGCACUGAUUGGUUGUUGGUCAUGUUUGCGUCAUUUAACAAUCUGAUAUGCAUACAAAUGCCGACAUGAUCAUAUUAAACAUGGAUGAUUAUUGUAAUGCCACGAUAGGAGGACUUCCUCAAGACCACCUUACACCAUACAGCUGCAAUCGCUACAGCAAAACUCUCAUGAGCUUGUUCUGACUUUGAGUCCAAGCCAUGUGUUGAGUCCCCAGGGUUCAAGUCCAAGAUUAAGUCCCCAGUGGUCCAACUAAAGUUAAGACAAAGUUACCAGAGAAGAACCUCAGUUUAGUUCUGGUCAAAUCCCCACGACUGGAGAGUUUAUAAGGAGGACAGCACUGGGCCUCUCUUGAUGUUGCGAUGCACUCGUCCUUUGUGCUGCAGCGGGAUCAUCCGUCAAAGUUUGAGCUGGUCUCUGUCUCCUCAUGAUGGCUCUCUUACAUAUUUAACAUGUCACACUGAUCUUUCUUUUGCUGUUCGCCGAACCGAACAGUGUGCUUUUGCAGGUUAAGACUUAGGCUCCCUGACCCUAUUUUAAAAUGAUCCCCAAAAUAUAAUAGUAAUACAGUCUUUAGUGAUCCUAAAAAUCAAGUCUUAGUCCUGGAUUCAAGUUUUACAGAACUGAAACAGUGUUAACACUUCAAUAAUUCAACUACAAUGACCGAGAGACAAAGUUAUGCAAGACUGGCAGCAACAGUGUUUGAUCGGUUUUACACUUUUACACUUAAGAUGACCAUACGUCUUCUUUUACCUAGACAUGUCCUCUUUAUGGAAGGCCGUCCUGGCUGUCCGGGGAAGUUCAUAUAAUCCUUCAAAUGUCUGGGGUUUUGUUCGUAAGUUUUGAGUUUGUGUCAUGUUGACUUACUGAGUUAGAAGCGCAUAAAAGACACUCAAUCCGACCUGAAAAACUCUCAAAAUUAUCUUCAUGCGACUCUGUGACUCCGCCCCUGCGUAGUCAUGUCUACAUUUUGUGAAGUGAGAAUAUGGUCACCCUACUUUAGUACAUCUUGUCACUAAAACUGGACUUUUACACCAGUCAGUUUUGAAUCUAGGAGUUGUGAUACUUAAACUUGAGUGCUGACACUAGAGGAUAAUCCAUUGUCUUUGUAUUUGUUGAUGAAAUCGAUGGCGAGCAUCUUUUAAAUCUAGUCAAGUUUGUGAUUUUUUACUGAUCCAUACAAUAAUCUAUCUGGCUGCUCACUGCUGCAGACUUGAACGGUGGUACUAUAAACUAUCAAUAAGUGUGUUUGUUCAGUCAGUAUUGUCCUUCAAAGUAAUGAAAACGGAACAGGCCUGAAUAAAUGCCUCUUCUGAUAUUAAUGUAAGUAUAAGGCUCAUUGCGGCUGAUAUAUAAACAGCUUUCUCUGUCAAUUUGUGAACACUUCGAGGUUUAGGCGGUAAAUUGUUUGGCAUAAUUUGUUAUGGAGUAAAAUGAAGGUGAUUUGUCUCGAUUCCACUUGGCUCCCACAGCCCCUCCUUUCUUUAUCGCUUGUAUUCCUUAUCGGUGUUAUCUCACUCCAUUUCCCUCUCUUAGCAUCAGUAUCAUCCUUAAUCUAAAUGAACUCGAUGCCUCACUCGAGAAAGCAAGGCGACUAAUCCGCCGCAGUUAUACACACAUGAUGCUCCCCACACUCUAUCCCUCAUCUCACCCACACAAACACACACUUGGAGCAGAAUGAUGCACUUUAAGUUAUUGGUGUUUACAGUUUGGGUCUUGUUUAGCUCUGCUGAUUUUAUUAUACACAGCAAAUCGGCUUUUUAUCCACAAAUUAACGACUGUGUCAUAUCCAAAAGGCGACAAAAAGCCUGUGUGUCAGCCUUGCUAAUUCUUUAGUACGUCUGAGACUUUAAUUCCUCCCAUGAAAAGCUCUGGGUUCGCUUGUUAUAACUUGACCUCAUCUAUUAAAGUGUUUGGAUCACAGCAACAGACACACACACACGCCAGUUUGUUCAGGCUGAUUUAGAGCAAAACACAAAACAGAGAGCUGAUCAUGAACAGCGAGUGUGUGUGAAUGUUGUCAAACACUCUUGGCAGGGUUGGUUUCAGUCAUUCAAUUAGGCAGGCGAGAUCUACGCUGUUAUCGUUUCCCAUGUCUGUACAUUAGCGAUGCGGUGUAAAUUGACACAUCCUGCCUCUCAUCACCGAAAGGAGAGCGACGUGCGCUACGCGGCGUCGACAUCUUCAGUCAUUCAUGAGAAAGUGUGGCGCAAAGUAAACAAGAUAUUAGCGUCUCACGCUACAGUGAGCAGCAGAGUGAGCAAGAAAAGAAGAGGAGGACACAAUGAGGUGAGCCUGGUAAAGUUAGGAACAAAUUCAGAGUAGCUGUGAGACAAAUAUGGAAGAAUAAAUGUUGGAAAAAUUAUAAAUGUGGACAAAGUAUCAAAGAAUAAUCGCAUCAGCUGGCAGCUCAUUUGAAAGUGCAACAGCUUUGAAAAAGGCCGUAUCCGCCGAUCGUCGAUCGCAACCAUUCCAGUUAAUGUGUCAAUUUCCACCGGCUUCUUUCCGUUCUGCUGCGGAUCGUCGGACUCUGCAAUUGAUCGCAAUAGUUCUAUUUUUUCUGGACGCCGGAGCAUGUCGGAUAAAUUCAGCACAGAUUAACUCGUGCUGAAAAGAAAAUCAGGCACAGACACAAAAUAAAACAUCCGGCUUCUUUUCAAAAUAAAACACUCGUAUCUAACAAUGAAAACAGGCAGAACAAGUGAAACGUUUAUAGACAGAAUUUCACCCUGAUGACACCAUGGAUGAGGAGAUGCUGAUUUCAUUAGUCUAGAAGUAGAAAUCUUCCUCUGGAAGGACACAAUCUACUGUUUAUAUGAUUAGCCUCUGUGGCUAAAGACAACUUGUUAUUGCACGUAAAUCCGCGGGUUCUUGUGAGUUCUCACGAUUCCUGCUGUCCGUAAUCCGCCACGAAAUUUGCCUCACAAACGGAUCCAGUAGAAAUUGGCAGAAGGUGAAUGGUGAAAAUCCUGUGUUAAUCUGUCAAGAAACAAAAACUGCGUGUUCAAAAACAACAGGGUGUUUUAAACUUUUACACAUUCAUAUCGUUUCACAGUUUAGCAGUUUGCCGUUUGUAACUCGCAGCGAAUUGAGGCUUGUUGGAGAUUCUGAAUGUCAGAUUUCAAUUAUUUUUCUGCCCUCAUAUGUCCUCACACCCUGACAGCAAUUUUUUAGGUGGCAACUCAUUAUUUCGGCAGCUAUAGUGGCUGUAAAACAGAGCAAGACAGUAGGAAGUGGAAAAAAUGACACAACUGAGUCAGAAUUAGAUCCUGUGAAAUCCAGCAUGAAGGCCGAAUGCUCUCCUAGUGGUACACACUAUAAUUGCCUAUUCCUGUCUCUAGAAAAUAUUGAAAAAACGCAUCCUUUACAAUGUUUGUGAGCCAUCUUUAUCUGCUCAGACAUCCCAGAUUACUUUGGAGAAAUGCUGUUGAAAUUAGGAUUUGGAUGUCUAUAUCUGAUUUCAAUCUACUCUCAACUAAAUUCAAACAUUAAAACCACAGUUAGUCUUCACUGUUUCGUUUUUAAGUAUCUUGUUCAGGUCAAACAGUCACACACCGGUGUCAUAGCUGCAGUUAUGUCAGCCUGCACAAAACACACCUGUCAGCUGGUCUUGUAAUGCAGGUAAUGCAACGAGCAAACAGAGAGUAGUUAGGCAGUAAAAUAGAUUAGCACACAGUUAUGUACACAUGCACACACAAGGAGACACAUUUUCCUGUUUGGCUAUCAUUGUGGGGACUGACAGAUUACCUUAACUUUUAAUGCACUGCCCCUUUAUAGUCAUUUUUACUCAAGUGGUCCUAAAGGAGAUAGAAAGUAUUAUAUACAUGAAAAACGUAUAGCACAUAUGACAUUCUGGUAUCACUGCUGUGAAUCGAUCUACUUUACAUCGUCUCAGGAGAAAUGUUACGCACGAGAAAUGACAGAUGAAAUGGUAUGCAAAGAGAGUAUGUUUGCAGAUAAGCUUUGUUAUGCUGAUGGACAAAAUACUGAGAAAUACUUGUCGAGCGGAGGUUGUGGGAGGAUAUGUUCAGCACUUGCAAGACUCUCCGGUUGAAUAUAUGUCUGUGGAGGGAAUGAAAAAUGCUUCACAGCAGUAGUGGGCUUGUGUGUCAUGAAUAUUUGAUGUAUUGAGUUUAUGACAACCAAGCUCGGUGGAGGAGGGGGGAGAACAUAGAAAGGGGGAGACAAAGUUUGACAAGAGAAGGCACUAUACAAGAAUGAGGUGACAGGCAUGAAGCAGCACAGACAAAAAGGGAAACAGAGUCAUGCUUGUUAAUUUAACCAAGCGAAUUUGACCGCCUAAGUAUGUACCCGUGCAUAAUUUUACAAUUUUUCUUUUUAUCUGCGUUAAAUCGUCGAUGAUUUGCACAAUCUUUCACUGCCCCAGGUACGGGAUCAUUCUUCGGGAAACGCUGUAACCAUUUCUCUAUCGCCCUUAAACUGACAAGCAGAUAUUCACACACAGUUCACAUGGUAAUUGGCCAGCUGAGCCGAGGUGAGUAAGCGAGCAGCGGUGAGUUUAACACCUCUCCUUGGUUUACAAUUCUUCAUAGUAACCUUACCAGCUAGAUUGUCACCCUAUAAAUGACAUAGAGAGAGUUGUAUCUCCAUAUUUUAACAAUUUCCAUCUCAAUUCAUUGAAGUCCCAUCCCAAUCAUUUUAUUUUACUUCUUUAAGUGUUAUCAGCUGUCUUUAAAUUGUGAUUAUGAAUUUUUCAGCUAUAAUCGUGUUACCUGUGUUAUUUUCAAGGACUUUUCUUCAGCAGAGCUCCAAUAGCUCAUUAUUCGCCUCUGAGUCAUGGGCGGAGACAGCGCCGCUCUGCACACUCCUCUUCACGCUAGCUUGCAGCCUAACAUCGCCGGUGUAGUAGAAGUGGCAGGUAACAUAGAAGCUUUUCAGCUCUCGGACACUAUUAUCUUUAGGGACAUGAUGAAAGCCUAUAUCAUAGUUAGCUUUCUUACGAGCAUUGCAACCCGCCACCGCACACGCUUGUUCCGCGAUCAUCCUCUGUAUUUCUCCUCUAUAUGCAGAGUGUGGCCUGCAUAGCGGGGCUAAGGGGGCGGAGCUUGGAUUGGUUACAUAUGAAAUCUCACUGUUCCUGAACCUGCCGUUUGGGUCUGCCAGAGAUUUACAGCGAUUUGAAUAAAGAAAUACUCAGAAAAUCAAAUUUCCUGUAGCAUCAGAAAAAUGCCAUAUGAACUUAUAAAAAAAAGAAAAACAUGAUUUUCAUCGGAGUGGGUCUUAAAGUGUGAAGAUUAAUUUCUCACUUUAUUAGACAAAACGUUGGGAGCAUAAAACAAGCUUUAGUCCUGUGAUUUCAGCAGGAGCAGGAAUGUUUGUGUGACUCUAUUCAUCCCGAGUUACAUAAUAAGACUGAUGGUUAACAACAAAAAGAAACAAGUAAGAGUGAGUUUGAUCACCCGGAGUACUUCUCAAAGUGAAAAGAAAAACACAAACAGCUGGCAGGGAGCAUAAAUAAAAUGUUAUGUUCUAUUCUGGACGAGCCAAAAGCGAUAUUUUAAUGUUAGUGGCAGAGGUUUUAUGUACUGACGGUUAUUAGGUCAUUAAAUCCAGCACCAAAGUUUGUGUGUGUUCCCCCCUUGUGUUACUUUGACAGCACGCUGCAGGGAGAGUGUGACUGUUUGUAUGUCUGAAACAUGUAGAUGGAGGUCAAUGUCUCCUGCCUGUUUACACAGUAUUUGGAGGCCCUUUUUCAGCCCCUCAGGUCAAAAACACACUGACAUCAGCAGUCUCGUCAAUGACGCAGGAGGGCUUGUUGUUUUUUUACUCCCACUAGCAACCACCAGCGUUGAGGACUGAAGAGAAAACCUUCAUUCAUGGAAAGGUAACAGACGUACACACACACACACAAAAAUAAAACAACCUCUGGAAGAUAUUACUCUGACACCGUAUGCUGUUCAAAUCCUGAAACGUGUCCAGCUCUCAUUCAAAACCUGGAGCGGUAUUAACCUCUGCAACCCUCUGAAAAUAGAUGGUUCAGUGGAGGUUAUAGAAAAAAGAAAAACUACUGUUUCUCUUCAAGAUUUUUCAAUUUCCACACUGAGUUACACAGGUCAUCAAAUAAAAAUGUUGAAAACGUCAAAGCCAAGAUCAGUCACAGACAGAACUUUCAACUUCUUUAGUGCUUUCUUGGUAAAAGUUUGACUCGUGCCGCUCAUCAGUGAUGAAUCUCAUGAGCAGUAACACAUAUGCAGCUGUAUUUGAUACGAAAUGAGCCAUAAAUUAAAGGUUAUUUCUCUCAGAUGUGCAUGUGUGUCAUACAUAUUCUAAUUACAUCUGCAAUAUUGAAUUGUACACAGAAUAGCAGCUUCACAGGCACAUUUUGUUCUCUCUCUCUUGUGGAUACUACAUGCUGCAAAGGCUCACUAUGCAUUAAGUGCUCUCACAGCACAGCUAACAGCUCAGGGAAAAUAUAUCUCAUGUCAAAAUUCACAUAUGUUCAAAAUCAUCUCUGCCAAAGCUCUCCUAUCGAGACAUUAUUUAGUUAAGGUCUGUUAAAAGCUCGGCUGCAUGCAAAACACCUAACAAGUACGCUUGGAUCCAUCAAGAGUCAUAAUCCUUUUCAUGAGCCGCGCUUUUGAUGGUUUUGUUGUUUGGUGUUACCGAUUUUCACACUAUUAUGAUUCAACCGUCCAUUCAGUGCUAAUUGUGCAGCAAUAUGACUAUUUUCAGACCUUUUAGAUGCUCUACAAUGUUUUUUAUUUGAAAGCAUUAGUCAAUGACAAGCCCUUUAUUUAUAAAGAUAGCUUUCUUUCUGACCAACAGAGUGAACAUUUAGAGGCACUAAAAUUUUUGACUUGAUUUAUUAAGAUUUAGUUUGUCACACUGUGGUAGCUUUUACAGCACUAGCGAUCUCAAUUUUACCAUCUUUUAUGUCAUGGCAACACAAGAUUAAAAUAAAGAUAUUCGUAGGAAAUAACAUCUGAAUGAAACUAUUGAAUCAUUGUUUCCUCUAUUUAUACCAACCUUUUUGUGAUGUUGCAACACAAAACAAUCUGAUCUCAUUGUCUGAAUUUGGAAAUCUGAUCGACAGGCACUUAAUAUCGUUCAAGGAUUUGCCAAAAUGUCACUAGAACAAUCACUUAUAAAAAUAUAACCUCUAACAGGUGACCUAAAUAUCAUUAACUGGGCCUAAAUUUAUAGACAAUGUUUGGCAGUAGGGGAGACUCUUUGUCCUCAAAGUUCAUGUGUUGGAAGUAAGAAAAAUGGACAAGUAUGUAGAUAUGAUAGGGUGACCAUAUGUCCUAUUUUACCUGGACAUGUCCUCAUUUUAGGGGGCUGUCCAGGCUGUCCUGGUUUGUCUGAGGAAGUUUAUAAAAUCCUUCAAAUGUUCACAGUUUUGUACGGAAGUUUAGAGUUUGUGUCAGGUGGUUUACGCUGCGUUCAAGUUAUCUUGGAAGUCAGAUGUCCAAGCUGAAAAUGACAUCACACCCGAGUUCCCAGCGUUUCAAUUACCAAGUCGGAAAAUAGCAAAAUUGGAGGUGGAAACAAGAUGGCUACAUCUACGGAAGUUAUUUUAGCGUUUGCCUGAACUGAAACGCUGGGAACUCAGGUGUGACGUAAUUUUUAGCUCGGACUUCUGACUUCUGAGGUAACUUGGAUGCAGCGUUACUGAGUUAAAAGUGCGUAAAAGACACCUGAUCCAACCUGAAAAACUCUCAAAAUUAUCUUUGUGCGACUCCUUGACUCCGCCUCCGUGCAAUCGUGUCCUCUUAUUGGGGAUUUAGAAUAUCGUCGUCCUAAAAUAUGAAGACAUGUUUGACGAAGGUUAUACAAUAGUAAGAAGACAGGAUUAGCAGAUUACUAAAGUCCACUUUUUAUAAGGUGUUCCUCUGCAAGGGUCAAAGAAAGGAAAACUGACGAACAUGAAGAAAUGAAGCUGGUCAACAGAAGAGCUGGAGCUCAGAUCGCUGAAAAAAUUUACGCUAAAUCUGACAGAAGGGCAGAGCGCAGUCUGUUGUGUAUGAGACUGUAUGGCUGCAGGGUGGCCAUACUAAUCUGUGUUUAACAGCCUUCAAUGUGCCUGAGCUUCAGAUUAGGACCAAAGAAUAAUGAUCUAGUUCUGAUGCCUGGAGGAACAAGAGAAUGAGUUCAAGGUGCUUCGUCUUGGUCUCCAAUUUCCCCACAUGUUCAUCCAAUGGAGCAUCCAUGAAAUGUGCAGUCAGACCUGUGGAAGUCUCACCUUGCAACUAAUGGGAUUUCAAGGACCUCCUGCUAAUGAAAGGAAAGACGAGUGUUGUUGCUAAUUAGUGUUAGAAUUAAAAUAUAUAUGUAAAUGAUGCCACUGAUGUAUUUCUAGUUGUUUAUGGUAUUUGUGAAAGAAAAAAAUUACAAAGGAGAAGACUACAAAAAGAAACAUCUUAGUUAAGCGCUGGUUUAGAAAUUGCAGGUGAUGUGGACACCUCGUCAUGUGACCAGAGCGUGCCUUAAAGGUCUCGUUACAGUUGUUACCUAGCGGCUGUUAUUUGUGCUCUGUGCAGCGAUAAUAGGACUUGUUGGGGGGAGGGGGGGGCAAAAGGGAGCUACAAUUGACCCCCGACCCACACAUGUAGAGAGGGAGGAGGGGGUAUUUUUAGUGCCUCACAAACACGGGUCUGAGCAAACAGAAAAUGGCUCAAUAGUGUUACCUCCUCCAGGGUUUACAAAGCAGCGCAGAAAAAAGCAAAACCUUGUUGUGUACUUUUAUAUUUCAAAGCCUUUUUCUAGUAUCGAUUCUGCUGUGAUAAAUCGUUUUGUUCCAGUCUCCACCCUGCAUGGAAAUGCCUCUGUGUGUGCACUGAAGAGGAAUUCACUUCCCACAGGACACACAGGUUAACUCCUCCACUGAGCAACGCUUAAAACUACACAUGAACACAACGCCACCUCUCAAGAUUUUAAAUCUGACACCGUGGAUCCUGAAAGACCACGUUCACACGGGUUGGUCAUUAGUGAGUAAUCAUUUAAGCCACUUUAAGCCUGAUUGUGUGAGUUAUCUUUGAGCACCACUGAUGUAUUCCAAUCAUUACAACCCACCGACUUCUGUCAAGUCAACAUGACUUAUCUGAGUGCUGGGAGAUAAUUCCAGCCCUGACCUGCUGAGCGUGAGGUUACAUACCUCAGUCAAUCUACGGUACAUAAGCUCUCAGCGAAUGUAAAUGACAGGUUGAUUUUCUGCAGAGAGUAACACACUAGAGACCCUUAAAUGUUAACAUAUGGGAGGGACGGCUUUGAGUGAUAUGAUUAUGAUUGGUCCACAUCUUCUGGGGUCAAAUAUCAAAGCUGUCCGCACCCGCUCCCACUCCCAUGCCUGGUUCCUUUUAUAUAAUCUAAUGCCGGUGUUGGCAGUUUAAUAUGCAGGGCUGCAAAGUAUGGCUUUGAUGUGCAUUGUAAAAAUUCCUCUCCCUAAAAUAUCUACGAGGCAAAAAAUGACCCUAACCCUAAUAUACCUGCGGGUCCUUCAUUUAUCGAUGGGAAUUAAUCGAUGCAUGUACAAGAGGGUGCUUGAACAAACCGGUCUGGCACUGACUCUCCCUUCACCUGGCUGCUCUGCUGAAGGUGCCUGUCCCCGUAAAAGGGCAAGGUAACAUCAUGUGUACACUCCAGUUAGACAACUCACAUUUAUGAUUCGAACCAUUGCUUGUGGCAGCAGCAGCAGAACACUGUGUUUGGUGUCUGAGUCCCUUCCUCAUUUCAUCUUGCAGUUUUACUUUAAAAAUGCAGAAACUGAGGAGUGUUGAGGCAAUAUUUUAAACCCCUUAGUGAGAGCCUGCAAGAGGAUGCAGCCAAAGCAGUGACAACAGUUUCAGAGACUGGAGAUCUCACAGUUUGAAUAGAUAUGUUUGUCAUGUGAUUGUAUGAAUUAGGGCUGGGCGAUAAACCAAAAAUCUACCGAUACCGAAAUUUACAACAAUAACCAGCAAAAUUUUGCCCACGUCAAUAUAUUCGGUGUCAAAGAAGUAAAUAAAUUAAAGGUGGUUUUGGAUGUGUGCAGGUAGGCUAUGGUCAAAUGUCCCUUAAAGACGCUGUCCUAUGUCGGAGGCUUGACUCCACCCCAUCCAGUCCGUAACAAAGAGGGAAAGACAGGUGAGGAGAUGGAGGACGGUUUAAAAGUUGUAGUAGCUGGAGCGGCGGCUGAAGUAGAAAAAGUUCAUGUUGAAGGGGGUGAGCAGCUUGUGGAGGAGUUAUCGUCCUUUUUUUGUUAUCAAGGUGAACUGCUCAAUAUAUCAUGAUACUGACUUGAGGCCAUAACACCCAGCCCUAGCAUGAAUAAUGCAUGUCAAAUGUGAAAUCAGUGCAGCUGGAGUUGCCUGCCUGGACUAGCACAGGCUUAGCUUUAUUAUGUCUAUAGUUUCGAAUAGGGUUGGGCGGUAAUAAGGUAAUAAGGUUUACCGGCGGUGUCUUUCAAAAGAAACGGUAUCAGUUUGAAUACCGUCAUAGCGCCGGCACCAUGUUUUGUUAGUGUUACUACAGUAACUCUGUCAAAGUUUGUCUGAUCAGAAAAAUUUCAAUAGUGUUAGAAAGCUGAGAGUUUGGCAUGCACCUGUGUAGGGUUUACUAUGGUAGUCGUAACCACUUGAGGUAGGCAGUCGUUGCAAAACACAGGAAGUAUUGGCAGAGCGCUACAUAGCUUCUCAAUACUGUAACUCCUUGAAAGUUUGUUAUUGUUUCAUUAUUAGUGUUUGGUAUUCAGUUUCUGAACGGUGUAGGCACAAGCCAACAGUUUGGUGAUAAUGUCUAAGCCUUAAGUCAUGGUAAUACCGUAUACCGCAGUAAAAUGUGGAGACGGUAUGUAAGCAUCAAAAUUUGGAUACCGCCCAACCCUAGUUUCAAACCAAGCUGUGCAAUUUCCCUCUAAAAGUUCCUCUACUCUUCAACCUUGAAUAAUUUAACUAUUGAACAUAACCCUGCCCCUACAAUUUCCAGUGGUCCUGCAACAGUGUAGGCUUCCAAAAACUAUUACAGAUGCCAUGACUGCAAAGUAGGGGCAGAGGGCUUCAUCCAUUCAUAUGCAUAUAACACAGAGCAUAAAUGAGCCAUUUGUAUUCGCUCAUGUCCAACCAAACAAAUACUGUGAAUAAAAGAGAGGAGGUCACAUGCGUAGGAUAUGCUGUAUGCCACCAAAAUCAACUGGAAGGAAACCAUGCUCUGUGAUUUCAGCGCUCCGUUCCUCACUUGUUAUAGUCACAGAGGGAAAAAAAACAAGCUUUUUUUUUGGAUAAAUCAGUGACUGAUGGGGCUCCUUUGUGCACUUUGGCUUUUUGUUAUUUGCCUUCAACAAACAGACCCACUUUUUGCUUAAUGUGGGGCAAACACAGCACUGAGUGUGUGGAAGCUGCAGAUAAGUCCACAGCUUUUGAAAUAACAUGAACCAAGAUUAACAUCCAAGUGCAGGCUGGUGUUGCCAGCUAAUACAAACAAGACUCACAGUAAUGGUCUCACAGUAAUGACCACAACCUCUUUACAACGUAUUACAGAGUGACAGCACUUCAUGUGUUAAAUGAAUGUUUAACAAUCACAAAAACAAAGCCAGCAGGAGUAAUCAUAACAUAAAUUAAGUUUACGCUUCACUGCUUUAUCGGCUUAAAUAAGUAUUUAAAUAUUAAUGCCUUUCUCUCUGAUUUGUCUCAUAAUUACUUACAGAUUUACACGCAUGUUUGUAAUCCGUUACAAAAACCCAGCACCCCCCUCUCACUACAGGUGCUGUCAAUCAGAGUUAAUCACAGUGGAUGACGGCACAGCAUGAUGUAACUUUCAGGGUGGUUUAAAUUCAGUUUGAGGAGAUUUCAGCGGCAGUCAUCACUUCAGCAGAGAGCAUCCGGCAAGUGAUAGACCUCACGAAUUAAGUGACAAGCUGCCCUCCCUUUCUAUCACACUUUUCCCACUCUAUCACAGUUGUCUUUUCCUUGCAGGGACAAGGGCUCGAACAGUUUACAGUUUAUUAAGCUGUAGCUUCUGCGCCGCUUUGAUUGAAAAGUUACAUCCUAAACCCUAACCGUGAACAUUUUUUUCUGCAAAUCCAGACGCCAACAUCACCGCCGCUCGUGUUUUUUCUUUGUCCCCUUUAAAGACUCAGAGAUGCACUCACUAUCUAUGCUGCCCUUGUAUGGAUUGCAGGACAGGAUCUGUUGAUAAAACAUUUAUAUCGUUUAGAGCUUAUACAUGUAGCUUUUAAGAUAAGUAUCUUUUAUUUUUCUGAACCUUCAUCACAUUAUUGAAAACCUUGAACAAACAAACUCAGAUGAAAUAAAGCGGCUGUUUGAAUAAAAGUAAAGGCUCCGCACUGGAGAAUAACAAACUAUUUGCUUUCUGUAAAACAAGUGGCAGUAAAUAUAAAAAAAAUGUUAAAAGGGUAUGCAGCUGCCCCAGUGUAGUGCCAGUACAAAAGCAGCUCUAAGUUUAAAUAAAUAAAUAAAUACGUGGCUGACAGUGUGUUCAUGUCUGUGCUCACCCAAAGUCAUGCAACACUCACAGAAAUCGCCGAUAGUGUGAACCAAAACACUCAAUAUGAAGAGGUUGUUCACCCUGCUGGAUGUUUCUCCUCUGAAGCUGCUCUCUGCCUCCAUCAUUGUUUACUUUCCUCACGAAGCACGUAGCAAGAUCCGGGCAUGAAUCCGAUCGCUUUAUUAGCCUAUCAGAGGCAGACAGGUGUGAUGAUUUGAUUCGCCACGACUCCGGAAAUGAUUUAAAAACUACAGAUUGUCCGCGCUCCUGGAUUGGAAGGUUGAAAUGCGUACGUGCUGUCCCGGUGAAUCAGCUGUCUGUUUAAAAGUUCCCUUCGUCCCCAGCGCCUAGGCAACCAGCGUCCAAUCAAAAGUGCGCACUGAGCGCUGGAGUUUGUUUCUUUGCGGAAGCGAAUAUGACUCACUCACAAGCAGCAUGUUCCUAUUGGAUUACUACGGUUACAAUGAAUGCAGACAGACAUGCGGAAACACGGUAAGCUAAUGUAGCCUACAUAUUUUGCAGGGGUGAAAGUUUGUGUACCGCUGCGUACCGGCUGCUUUUUAAGUCUUCCUGGUAUGGCGUACCGCUGUGUACCGGCUUACUUUCAGCCCUGGUAAUAUAAAUAACAUUCUUCCAGAAGUUCCAGAACUGAUUUCUGACUGUGGCAAGACAUCCACUCAUCGUCCUGCUGCUAUAAAAAAACCCUUUAGUAACAAUUACUGAAAAAGAGAAAGCCCAGGAGCUGAUUCCUAUUGAGCAGCCUUGCAGAAACAAUUGAGCCUGUCCACCAUGAGGGCACGUACGGCUCUUUCAGCCGGUCAGAGUGAUUAAUCUUGUCAUUUUCCCGCAGAGCAGGCAACAUCAAAACAUUGUCUGGAUUUGUUCGCGGGGGCAGGAAGGUAAGCUGUUGGCAGCCACCCAGUAAGUGAUGGAAUGUGCUCCACUUUAUAUCUGAUACUGGUCCUGAGCAGACAACAAGGAGGAAAGGCAAAAGACGCUACCCAGAGACCCGAGAGCAGGGAUACUGCUCAGAUGAGCCGAGAGGGAAAUGCAAGAAUAAGAUCUGCUCCUAACUUCUUACAAUUCUGCUUCACUGAUCUGAAACAAUAGCUUACACAGCAAGUUGAAUUUCUUUGCCUUCAUGAAUUUAUUUGCAACAAAACUGAAAGAGCAGAAAGGACACCACAAAAUUGUGUAAGGUUUAUAUUUUAAGGAAGAGCAGUUAUUUUAAUUUUAAAACAGCAUUGGUAUAACAACAUGCAAUGCUUCAGCCUUCAAUAAGCGGAGAAUUCUGGAUAAAAUCACGUGAGAUGGGGUGAGGUUGAUCAUUUGGUGUAAGGUGGUCAAAAAACUCUUCAGUGUGUCCACUUUGUACAGAGACAGGGAAGGAAAAGAAAUGAGCAGAAAUCACUGUGGCCUCAUCCCCUGAAACUGAAGUGCACCAGCUAACCACUGUCCUGAACGUGGCUGUUAUCCUCACUACAAUCCAUGUGAAAGGGUGGAAGUCCGAAAGCCUUUUUAUUAUAUUUAGAGUCUACUAAUUUUUCGAAAGGCACAAAUCUGCAGCUGUAACACAACAACAUGUAUCAAUAGAUUGGUCAUUUGUUUCUACCAGCACACAAGUUUGAAUUUUUUAUAGGGCUGGGCAAUAAACCGAAAAUUUACAGAUAGUGAAAUUUAGGACAAUAACCAACAUCAUUUUGCCCAUGUCAAUAUAUAUCAGUGUCAAAAUAAAUAAAUAAAGGUUGGUUUUGGAUGUGUGUAGGUAAGCUAUUGUCUCAUGUCUCUUUAAGAUGCUGUCCUACGUUGAAGACGUGACUCCACCCCAUCCAGUCCGUAAAAAGAGGGAAAGACAUGUAAGAAGAUGGAGGACGGUUCAAAAGUUGCAGCGGCGGCUGAAGUAGACAAAGUUAAUGUUGGAGGGGGUGAGUAGCUGGUGGAGUAGUUAUCGUCCAUUUAUCGCUAUCAAGGUGAACUGCUCAAUAUAUCAGGAUAUUGAUUUGAGGCCAUAUCGCCCAGCCCUAAUUUUUGAUAUCAGGCGAGUGAAAAUCGUUCCAGGACCUCUCUACUGACACUAAAAACAUAUAAGGUGACCACAAUCCACACCUGAGAACAGGUUUCCAGUGCUUGAAUAAGCGUAUCUAGUCUGUAAAGAACAAAUAGGAAACAAAUCACUGAUGCAAUUCUCUCUGUAGGUAAAGAGGUUUCAUUAAACGUGACAGCUGCUUUGGCAGACUGUUAAGGUGCACUUGGGAAGAUUUCAUUACCUCCGUUAUCCGUUUAACCCUGUGUGUGCUCGAGAGUAUAAGAGAGGCAAAUAACCCAAGAAAAUUGUAGCUUACAGCGACACGGGAGUCGAUGUCUAUUUGAUAAGCUGUAUCUAUUUCCUCUCACUCUGCAGGAGCGGAUUGGUUCAGAACUUUCCUUUUCAAUCGUGCAUAUCUAUACAAACUAACAUGACAAUGAAAAGGGGAAAUGUACGUGUUUCACAUUCAGUAUUUUAAAUUUGCACAACACAUACUGUGUGUUUGAGCUUCUGGACAUGCAGUGUUACGAGCUGUAUGACACACAGCUCUGAGGGGGGCUUAGGGGAUAUCUAGAUGGACCCUCACAAUCCACAGUGACAGCUCUUUGUAGUGGAAGCUAUUCUUAGCUCUCCCGGGUCCCUUGUGGAGGUAUGUUUGAAUUGGAGCAUGUAGACCCUUACAGGACAUCAGGACUCGCCUGAUAGGUGCUGACACCUAUUCCCCUUUCUCACACCUGUCCAUAGCACCAACACACGCCGUCAAACAAAGCAGGAUCACCUCAUUAUCUCUCUUUAGCUUGGUUUCUUUUGUUUGCUCUGCAGGCCCAUCUCAUUAGACCCUUUUGAUUGUUGUCUCUUGUUGAUGCACUUUUGUCUUUUACUCUUUUUGGUGCUGUUGAAAUAGAAAAUAAGGGCGUAAAUGAAGAAUUGGAAAAAGCCUUUGUGUUUUUUUUUUCCUCUCAUCUUCAGUUUCUCUUUCGCUCUCAUUGUUUGAUGACUCAUAGUCAGCAAACCGCGAAAAGCAGAGACACAAGUUUUGUGAUCCUGUCCUCCCUCUCCUUCUUCUCUGAAGCUGCAAGUCUCUCUCCCGUUCACCUCUCUUUAACCUCAAUCCUGCAGAGUGUCUGUUAUAUGCUGCACUAUAUCAUCAGUGAGCAGACAAAAGCAUUCAUGUGAGAUAAAAAAGCUUCCUCUCCUUGAAGCACUGAUAACUUCAUGAUCUUUCCUAAGAGCAUGACUUAAAAAGGGCAAUGCAACUGGUGUCAGAUGAAAUGUCUCCAACAAUGCCUGGGAAACGUGCUCUGAAAGUCAAUUCAACUUUGCUGCAGCAACAAAAAACAACACAAUGCAACGCCCUCAAGCUGUACGAAAAGACAGACAGCACAACAGUUCCCCAAUAAUAAAGCCAAAACAACGACCGCUUGCUUCUCUAGUUAUACCAACUUUAGUAUCGACCGCACGAUAGCAAUACACAGCAGUCUGAGGAGCCAUAAACAAACCUCAACCAAAACGCCACUCUAUAGCCACACAUAAUGCUCAGAACAGCACCUAACUUCAUCAACAGUAGAUAAAGGGUCAUAGUCACAGCACUAGCCACCAAACAUCUUUUUACUUUGACUAAUUUCUCUAGCAAAGAGACUAAACACAACUCACCCACUCUCUUCCAGCAGCCGCUUGUUUGUAGCGAGACCUCAACCAGUCCAUCAUCGACUGAGGCGGGGGGAAGAAUCAGCUCAAGGAGGAAUAUUGAUGAUUUUUUAUUAUUUCCUUAAAGUAAUUAUCUCCAUAUUAAUCAUUUUUCACUACGGACGCGGUAGUUCUUCUGCCUUAGCGUCUCUGUCUGAUUGCAUUUCCAUGAAGAAAUGAUCAUAAAUGUUCUUCCUUGAGCUGCGUGACCCCGCCUCAGUCUUAAAAGAUGUUUGACGGCUAGUGCUGAUGAAGUUAGGUGCUGUUCUGAGCAUUAUUUGUGGCUGUAGAGUGGCGUUUUGGUUGAGCACGUAGCUUUCUGUAUUGCUAUCCUGCAGUCGUUACUAAAGUUGGUAUAACCAGAGAAGCAAGCGGUCGGCAGCAUUCAUCUCUCGAGGGGGUGUCUAACUUGGUGUUUGGGUGUGUUUGACCCUAAAUUAAUUUUACACCGGAGUAUCCCUUUAAGCUCACACCAUAAAGUCACAGUUCUCCUUUCUGAGACUCCACUUCUAUCCGACACAAGAAGCGGAGCCUGAUCCGAGAGCUCUUCUCAGUUUUAUCUGCAAGUAGAACAUGUGUUUUAGUUAUCGUAGCUUCACCAGCUGACCUCCUUUAGCCAGACUCCAAAUGUGCCAGAUGUCAGCGCCUGCAGUGAGGAGUAUUUUUGCUUUUAAUGGAACCAGGGAAGUAGAGACACAUUAUCCAUCUAUUAAUCUCUUUUUAGCAUCUUUAGGCUUUAUCUUCUUAGCUUAUCUCUUUGGCAGUCUUUAUUCCACUGUGUGAAUGGAUUGCACGAAUCACUGCCUCCAACUCUAGUCUCCUAGGUGAAGUCUUCCUAUGAUCCUAACCCUCGCCACGACAUUGUCAGUCUUUCAACGAAGCUGCCUAAUGGACUGUCAGAUAUAAUGAAUGCCUGCUUUGAGCAUGUCAAACAGCAUACAUUGGAGGUACUGGUGCUGAAGGUCCCCUCAUGCAGAUGAACAGUAUCUUGUAACAAACGGGCUUGACACAGUUCUGGUUUUUGACAACCUGAAGGAGAACAGGUUGGUCCCUCUUCCUUUGAUGUUUCCUCCUCGAACAGUCUUCAACAGAUUAACUGUAUGUUUACAGACAGUAUGUUUGAUGUCCGGGCAGAUUGAUUAUCUAGCACUAGACUCGGUCUGUAAUGGAUCAGAGAUGAACAGGAAAAGCAAAUGUUUGUGGACAAGGAAGGCCCUGAAGGGUUUUGCAGCCGGAGUGCUGAUUUACGUCUGUUUAUUUGGAAGGCAUGGCUGAGUGUAGCUUCAAAGAAGAUCACCGUCUUAUCAUCUGCUCCCUACACUAAAAAUACUGUUUUAAUGGCUGACUGUUUUGUUAUUCUAUUUAUUUAUAUAUAUUCAUUCAGCUGUAGGUAAAUGGACCGCACUUUCAUGGCUCUUCUAUGGCCCUCUUCGGAUCACUCAGGGCAAUCAUCAUUAUGUUACAUUUAGCCCAUGACACAGCGAGUUCACUUGGUUCAUAAUGAUGCUCUUCUCUAAACAGCUCUGAACAAUGUUAUAUAAGUCUUGUUAGUCAUCUGCCCAGCUCAGUAAUUCUGAUCAAAUUCCCUCAUGAGUUGUCAAAAUUAACUUUCUUGCGACAGGAAGUCUAUGACAUGGGCAGAUCCGUUCCACUCGACUCCCUUCAGAUUGAAAUCAGAAGAUUUAAAGGGAUAUUCCAACGUAAAAUAAAGUUAGGGUCAAACACAACGUAAUACCGAGUUAGACACCCCCUCAAGAGAUGAAUAAUGCAGAGCGCUUGUCUCUCUAGUUAUACCAACUUUAGUAACGACUGCAUGAUAAGUGGCUGCUGGAAGAGAGUAGGUGAGUUGUGUUUAGUCUCUUUGCUAAAGAAAUCGGGCAAAGUUAAAUAGAUGUUUGGUGGGUAGUACUAUGGCUGGGACCCUAUAUGUACUGUUGAUGAAGUUAGGUGCUGUUCUGAGCAUUAUUUGUUGCUAUAGAGUGGCUUUUUGGUUGAGCAUGUGGCUCUCUGUAUUACUAUCGUGCGUUCUUUAAUCAAGUUGCUAUAACUAGACAAGCAAGCGGUCGGCAAUGUUCAUCUCUUGACAAGGUGUCUUACCCAGAAAUCCCACUAGAUCCGGAUAGGUUCCGCUCUGGACUGGACCAGCAGGCAGAUCUGAUCCACAACCGCUAUCUGAGGAGAAGCGCUCGAGAGAUUACCGAUAUUUCUCGCGAGACUGGACGAGAUCUCAUGAGCUCUCACGUGUUUCCCGGGGAGUCAUAGAAUGAGAUCCGCCGAUCGGUGUACAUAAAACUCCCACAUCCCACAACCCUGGCCUCUCCUAUUAUCAAGUUAAGAACAGUUCAGUGUAUUGACUUUAAUGUAUUUUGAAUAUACAUUAAAGUCGGGGCCGAUCCGCUGCAGAGCCGGACGGAUUCUGUGGGUUUUGCCUGUAACUCUGUGUUACAGUGUGUUUGACUCUAACUCAAUCUUACGCCGGAAUAUCCCUUUAAUUGUUCUGAUAAUUCAAUAGUGAAGCAGCCGUCCUGUUGUUCUACAUGAAUUUAACAUCUACUCAGUCAAAGCCACAAGAAAGUUGUCUCUAAGCUGGAGUUGUAAAGCAUCAAGACAAGAUAUGCCGUGUGUACCAUAAGUGGGCUGUAAGCAGAUCAUUACUUAACUCUGGCUCACCGCUCAGACUACUACUAUAUAAGUACAUUAAUAUCUCGCUUUGGAGCCACAGAGCCUCACACUGACAAAGCACAAAUCUACGACACUCACAUGUGGUAUAAAUAUUACAAUAUAUCAAAGAUGACCGUUAAAUUAAUGGCGUCUGUGGAGCUUUUUGCGCAUUUGUGGACAGUGAGGCAGACGAAUACUUAAGCCAGAGUUUCCAACCUCAUGAACACACAUGACAAAUCAAAGCUGACAUCAGACUUUAUGAUACCAACAUUACACAGGCAUAGAGAACAAAGUUAUUAAAUAAGAGUGCAGCUUUCUAUGAGAUAAAAAUAAAAUCUUCCUUCAGAGCUGAUAGAGCUUUGAAACAAUAGGACAGCUCCUCUCUUCUUCUUCUUCUCUGACAAUCCUCUGCAGGCUGCAGCUGAACAGUCUCAUAUGGCGCACAGUACUUUCAUACUCCAUAGGGGAAAAAAAGAUCAGAAAGCGCUCUCUGCUUUCAGUUAUAACCCCUCGAGCCCAGAUCUCCGUCAGGCCAUUUAGCAAUGCACGACGUAUCGCAUGCAUAUGAGCGGCGAAUAAUUAUAUAGGACAUUUCAAAAUGCAAACGCUGACCUCAUAUUAUCAUUUUGCUUCAUUCAGCCACACUUAUCAUGAUAAUCUUGACCAGACAUGUUCACCCAGCUGAUCAGAGAAGCACUUAAAAAGCAGAAGAUGACUUUAUGUGUCACAAAAAUGCAUUAAUAUGUGUUUUGUAUGCAUUGAAGCACCUGAGCCGCCCACUAAUGUUUUCAAAUGACCACCGGGGACCACAUAGAGCGAAACAUUGCUCAUUCAUGUGCUGUGCACCUGCAAGCACUACACGGCUGAUCCCUCUGCUCCAAGAACAAGCUUGCAUCUCUUAUGUCACCAGCAGAUGUGCAGUGGUAGUAAUGAAUAUGUUUGUUUAGUUAUGUGACAGGUGUUUACCAGUUAGCCUGUUUAUUAGCCACACUCUUUACCGUCAAGUUAAGAAGCAGCAGGAGGGACCAAGAGGCCACAUGUGGUUAUCCCGCUAUUACGUGAUGCUGCCCAUGUGGGUCUAAUUAGGAUCACAGCUGGACAAUUAACUCUCCAAACACUUACUUUGUAUUCACUCCUGUAUCUGUUUUUCUUUCAUGUGCAGAAUGGGAAGCCAAUAGUUGUAUUGCUGUUAUCGAAUGAAAUAAUUAAUCAAUACAUUCCAGAUCUAUACAUAUGAGAAGAGGAUUACUUGUGAAGAGUUUUAAAGUUUGUAACCGUCUUGGCCUCAGGUGAGGCGCUGUGACGGAAAUGAUUUUCUUUGCAAGAGGGUAAAACAGACAAAUUAGUCGUUGAAAUAAUUGUUGUUUUUCCAGAAGCUUUAAUUAAGUUCGGGGUGUCUUGUUUCUGUCUGAAGAAUGAAUUUAUUUAUUCCAGUCCCAGCUGGAAUUCAGUUUAAUUGAGACAGAGUGGUCUGAUGAGUUCACUGUGGGUCUUAUUAUAACAUUAUGCAGUUACCUAAUUCAAGAAAUACAUAACAAGUGAAACGCAACAAAAACAAAUUUGCAAAAACAAAUCGAAUACUUCACUGUGCCUGGGUUUGACCUGGGUCAUUUUAUGGCCGGUUACACCUGACACCUGUCUGCAUCACCAGGUUAAGUAGAAAAGAGAAAUUUAGUUAAUGCAGCAAUUUCGUCAAAUUAAUGAACAAGUGUCUGAUUUUACCAGAGGGCUAAGGGUUAGAUGAACUGUAACACUGACCUUUCUGCUUAAGAAACUGUAAAUUACCAGAGUCACAUUACCUUGACAUCCACUUAGAUAUUAACACACUUGGAUAUUAACACAUCACAGACAGAGGACAAAGAAAAAAGCCUUUUUUUGUUUGUUUUGUUUUGUUAUAGAUAUUGAACUUUUUCCCCCAACCUGUAAAUCAGGAAACAUCACAAGCUUAAAAUAAUUGACAACAACUCGUCUGUGGAUCUAAAUAUAAGCUUGACAGCUGAUUGUUAUGAGAGUAUAAAUAGAAAUGUUGAGUCGAUGUUAAUUUUGAGCUUGAUGGAUUUAGUUCGUCUGUUUUUUUGUUUUGUUUUCAGGUUAAGUCAUUGUAUUUUGGUUCAUGAGAAAACGUGUGAAUUUUAUCGAACAGCUAGAAAUAUAAAAAUAUUGUAUUUACCGAUGACAGCCAGGGAUUCCUCUUGUGUGUCCAAUCCGUCCUCCACUUCUGCUCAUCUUCUGAGCAGCAUCUGCUAGAUUGUAUUUCCUCUCAGAGUGAGCGGCUCCGUUAGUAUAAUCCAACUUUCAACAUGAAAAUACUGCCUGCUUCGUUCAGCUUUGGAAACAAGUCCUCUGUCCUUCCAGCGACUGGAAACGAAGUUGACUGUUUCUGCUUUUUAACGAAAUGAUCUUAAAAAAGGAGGAUCUGAAAUAAAAGGGACUGUAAAAGGUUUUAGUCUGUGACUGUAGUUGGCUGAGUGAGCGCGAGCCGCACCGCUGUUAACUUGCGCUCCGUGUACCCGUGUGACGUCAUGGGAGGGGGGCUGGACUGGGGAGUGUGUGUGUGUGUGUGUGUGUAACAUGAAUCCAAUUAAUGUGGUUUAAAACAGCUUAAAACUGAUUUUUAGAGGGAAAGUCCUUCUUUGGAAAUAGGGGAGAGUGGGGUAAGACGAGACAUUUUUCAUAUUUUGGAUCACUACAUCAAGUCAAUCAUAGUUUUGUCUCUAACUAGUGUAUCUGCAUAUAUUUUAAGAUGUUGUGCAUCCCUGCAAACCAAUAGAAUGAGUGUAAACAUAACUGUCUUGAUAAUUUAGCAUGCCAAAAAAAGUGGUCUAGACGUCACUCUGAUGUUUAGAAUUUGGACGUCAUCUGAAGACCAAAUCUAGACGUCGGCACAACAUGCAAAAUAGAUCCAAGAUUUAGACGUCAUUAUUGGACCCUUUUAGCUGUUGAAAUGACAUCCACAUUUGUACCUCAUUGUCGAAAAAAUAUAUUAAAUAGAUAUCAUUUCGACGUCGCAUUGCACAGUGGGUAACAUGAGAAUGCCUUUAAGUGAUUUAGAACAUUCACAGCUGUAUUUUUGAAAAGACAAAGUAAAACAUUUCAACAAUCUGAACUGAAACUCUGAUCCUCUCAUCAGAAUACUUUACUUUCUCAGUUGAGCCACUGGCUUAAUUUACCCCAGAACUAAUAUGGAACCUGGCCGAAUAAACCUAACUCCAAGAGGCUAGAAGUUUAGCAUCUAAAACAAAUUAAAUCUGUUAAAUUAUUCAUUUUGGACCUUCUCUCUAACUUUAUUACUAGUUUAAAAAGUGGAGUAAACUUUGCACUGCCUCCUCCUCGGGACGCCUCACAUUGAUUAGCUUUCAGUUGACAUUUCCCUGAGCGGUUUUGUGGCUUUCACCUCUACAGGGCCAUUUCUUACUCUGUACUAAGCAGAACCAUGCAUUUAUUAAAGGGAUCUGGUUCAGGAGUGGUAUUUACUUAAAAUGAGCAAUUAAUUCAAUAUGAUUACCACUGUAAUGUCAGCCUAUAAUACUGUGAAUGGAGUCUGCCUUCGAAUCUGGACUUAUGAGCAGGAAAUCAAUCAUAUGGGACAUGUAAACUGUGUUUGGGGCGUUGGUUCAGAUGGAUGUGUUCACUGAGGAUUAGACUGAAUGAGAGCUACUGAAAAUGCAUGAAAUGCUGUCUGAGUUUCCAGAAAUUAAUGGAGAUAUUUGAGUCUGGCCUGAUAUAGUAUACUGCUCAGUCUGGGGAAAUUCUGGGGUCUGUCAUCCAGCUAAACAAUCACUUUGCCUUGCAGAGAAUUUUUUGCAUUUCACACUGUGACCACAAUCCCUCCCGUGACAACAUGCAUGAAGGUAGAAAGUUUCUGAAUAAAACACUCUUUCUCUUGGAAAACACACACAGUCAUACAACUUUCAACAUGAACUUUGCCCAAAAACAGAGUUCAAGGACCUUCAGCGUGAGUCAAUAAGCCCAUAAAGAGACAAAGCCUGAUCCACUGAAAAGAUUUCUCCUUAAAAGGCAAUAUUGUUAAACAGUUUCCUUAUCUUUAUAAUUAAUGGAAACAUAAUCUAUAAUUUUUUAGUCCUGCUAGAUAUAAAAUGUGCAUUCAAGUCAUGUUAGACAUUUGUAUUCUUUCAUGCUUUCACCUUUUACCUUAUAUGCACAUUGUUUUGUGCCUCAACAGCGAUUAUUUAAGAUGUCCAGAUUUGAAAAGAGGCAAAGAUCCUAUCAGCUGAUGGUAGUUUGUAAAAUCAAAGAUACGCAAUUCAGCUUGACUGAGCACUGAUGUUGAAACCGCCUUGAGCUCCCUUGGGUUCGAGUGUCACACAAGAUCAGUACCUUCAAUUAGGUGAAAAUGAUGCACCUUUCUGACCCAGAACAAACAGCAUCUGAUUAAAUACAGUUACAAACUAAAUUACUGAAACAUCCAGCUUGACCGUUUGUUCACAGCCACUUUUCAAGUCAAGUGAUAGAGAAAUAAGAAUUGGCACCAUCUUUGAAGAAAUAUCCUUGAGCCCUGCAGGUCACAGACUAAGUAUGAUUGGAACCGGAGUACCUUUAUAAUCCAACAGAGGGAGCCAGUGGCACAAUGCCAACACUGUAAGACACACAGCAGAAAUAUUAGUGACAAGGUGAAGCAAUAUGACGCCCUGAAAUCUGCUUUUAAAUGCAUGAAAAGAUUACAAGUCGCAUGGAGAUGUUGUUCUGUUUUCUUAUAUCCUCCACCUUCUCUUUAUGUUCUCUUCACUCCCUGCAGGGUGCAAUCUCUGCACUGUUAUCUGCACAACGCAGGCAUCUGUCAGCACAGUAGUGGGUUAAUAUUUGAAGAGAGAUUGAUCCUACUGCAAAAAGUAAUGUAAACACUGGAUGUCCAGUUAAGAUAAAAAUAUUUUUUCUCUGGAUUUGAAGCCUCACAAGGUCAGAAUGAUAAGCUCCACAGCACCAGAUAAGACAGUAGGUUUCAAAUGUCUAAACUAGCAUGAACACACCCUCAUUCUCCAGUUGGUUAAAAUUAACUUUAAUGGCUGUCAAGGUAUUUGUUUUCAUCAGAAUGAACGGCUUAUGCAAAUCUCAACAGAGAUAAACUUGUGCAGAGACAAGGUUCAAACAUCUCUGUACGCAAAGUUCCCAGUGUAGGGAACAGUCAGCGUGGAGGUGGGACAAGGUCUAAUGGCAGUGGGAAUAAACAGGCAGGGGAACAGUGUACUUUGUAUUUGGGUCGCCUGGGGUCUGUCCUGCGCGCUCUCUCUGAGACAAGUUUGUUUUCAGAGUCUGGUCACACUCUUUGAGUCUGGCCAUUAAAGUGGCAUUUGGCAGGAGAGCAUACUCCAUACAAGAUAAUAAGAUCAGCGCACAGAAGGCAUCACAGAGAACGAAGGCUUUUGAUAUAAUGGACUGAAAUGUUUGGGUCGAUAUCUUCGUUCAUUUCUUAGCAGAUAUCACUAAAUCUUGUCUUAUGGUAUGUUUUAGAGCUACAAGGUAUCGCUGUAAGUUCAGUUUUUUUUCUUCGUUAUCGUGGUCCUUAAGGUUGUUUUUCCCUCGCUCUGUGAAUGUAAUUCACAAGAUAUUACAUUUAGAGCCACAGCAAAUAAAAGCUGGGGUUGGACAAGUGAGUCGCAGAGUACAUUUUGUAAGAUGUCAUAGUGUUGCAGUCCGACAAAAGUUCGGUCCGGGUCUCUAAUGGCUCCAUACUUUCACCUCUCAGUCGUCAUUCUCUGUCAAACUGAAUAAACUGCAUGUCCGAGAAAGAAACUUUGACCGGUUUGACUUUGAAAAGAGAGUCCGCAGCUGAAGACCUGUAACAGCACGAGGUCGGUAAUGUGAGUGAUGAAGCAGCAGCACGUAAUGGAAAGGCACACAUACUUUCCCGAACAACUUAAGGCGAUAUAUGAACAGCCAUUGUGUGUAUGUUUCCAUCCAUACCAUAAUGUGUUCAUGUGACGGCCUGAGUGUUUUGCAGCGAGUCCUCCAUCAGCAUCAGCAGUGGCAGGGUGUUCAGAGAGGAGCUGUUAGCUGUACCGUCAUGCUGAAAGACUAUCAGCUCUGUUCUCACUCUAAUACCUCUGACAGCAGGCUGGCCAGAGUAUGUGUCCCUUGGGGAGCCUGAGGCAUGUACCGGCGUGGGAGGCAUCUCCUAUCAGACACAAACACUCUUUCAACAUGGUAUAGUGAAAGUAAAAUCACAUUCUUUAAAUGAAGACUCUCUGGAGUACUUUAAUAAAUGACAAAAAGGCUGGUGUGGUUGAUUUUUAGACACCAAAAUUAGUCUCGAAAUCUUUUUUGGAGAGCUCUGUAGCCACGGACACAACCCAAACAGUUUAUAAUUAUUCUGUGAACAGCAGCAGGCAGGUGUUUAUUUCUGUUAACCACAGAAGCACAAUGGAGUCCAGCAGCCCAUGUCCCAGAGUAUAAAAAUAGCUGUUCGGUGGAUGGUCUUAUCAGAGUGUUCACACCACUACUGACCAACACAGAUAUUUUUUUUUGCUGCUUGUCUUUGCAGUUUCACACGUCAAGCCAUGCCAACUCUCUCCUGCGCUCAAGUAUUUCCAAUUAUGUAUUCAAAGGCGUAAAUGGUGUUUUUUUUUUCCUCCACACAGCCAUUCAAAAGCAUUUCCAAAAUGUCUCAAAGGUAAUUCACAAUUUUAUUCUAGAUCUGGGUGGUCCCAUGCAUCGCUACUCAGAUUUGUUAACCACCAUUAAGAGAUUUUGAGCAAUCAGAGUCAAGAUUUAACACAGCUGAUGUGUAAGAAAGGCAGGAAAUACAGACUUUUACUAACUUGUGAAUCGGUGCAUGAACUCCAUGGGGUUUCAACAAGACCAGCCAAGCAAAAGUGGAAGUCCACACGAUCAGAAGGACAAAUUUCCUGGAUCAACAAGUUGAGCCAAAUCAAACCAGUUUUUGAACCGAACACGUUAAAAAAGGACUCUUAAUUUUUCUCAGCAAUGCUUAUUUUCAUUAGAUCUGUCAGCUUAAAGAACUUAUUUUGUCAAAGAGAGUUAAACAUGACGCUCUUGUGACUGUUAGAAUACAGUUUUUUAGUUCUGUGAAAUUUUGUCAAGUUUUCAAGAUCAUAGGGUGUGAAAAUGACUGACAGCCCCUGCUGGUUCAACCUGUACAUCACACUAUCAACUAGGCUUGCCCUGAUGUUACAUUUGGAUUCGACUCCAUCUAAAGACACAGUAGCAGCGGAACACAGGAAUCCAGACCCUCGUGGUAUCAGCCAGAUCAUGCUAGCUUUAAAUGCUGGGAUUUGAACCCAUGACCAUGUACUGUACUGUUAGACAUCAGUGUUACCCAUCAUACUAAGGCACCACUAUACCAUUGUUGCCUGUGUCAGUAUAACUAUGUACAUUUAUCUACUAAAAGGGAUUACAGCCAGUUUAAGAAGAGGUUUCAAUAAUCAACACUUCUGUCAGAACAGAAAUCUUAACAGGACAGAACUGGUCACUAUAACUCCAACAGUCACACCAGAGUCUGAGGUCUUACCAUAAUUAUCCUAAUACAUGCACACUUAAAAUUCAAGAGCAGCUGAGUCGACUAAGCGAAAACAAGGAGUUGCUGGGCACUACAGCAACACUUUGGGUAUUUCUAGGGUGAGAAUAUCCUGAUUUUAAAGGAUGUUUUGGUUCUAUAUUUUUGCCUGUGACGGUUAUUUACUCAAUUCAGACAAUUUAGACAACUGAGGCUUAUUAUUGGAUUUCCCUCUAGAAUAUUCUCUAAAAUAGAUGGUAGGUCUUUAGUACGUAAAAGGAACAAUCACAGCAAAUAGCAUUAUGUUUCAGGAAUAUUUCUUCUUAAUCAAGAAACCCUGAAUUAUAUUAUAGAAAUCACUAAUGAGCAAUCAUACAAAACGCAUUUUUGAUACCUGUGGUUCUUUUUUGCUUAACAUGGACUCUUGCUAUACUAGAGUACCUGUUCUGUGUUGAAAUAAUGAUAAGGAUACGUAUACUUUUCAAAUGCUGUAAUUGACAUGCACUCUGUGUAUGAGAGAUGAGGCUACACACACAAAACAAGGAAAACUGAGUGGCUGAGAGAUGAUAAAUGGUAAAUUGUAUCUUUGAAGAAGUCAAAGGUAUCGAUUCAAGACGUCCAUGGCAUGCUGAGUGCUCUCACAACAGUCAUGCAUUUGAAAUACACACCCAACAAAGACCAUAAAAGGCAGAGAAAUACAUAAUUGAGGCCAUUCAGCUUGUACUGAUAACCUGAAGCUUGUGAACUGAAUAACAGCACUCUUCAAGCGUACAUAUUCACUCUCCAGCAAGGCCAAACAUCAUGUUCUGAAAUCUGUUCUGAACUGAAGGUCAAAUUUUAAUGGACCAAGGUUUGUGUUUGUCUUACCUCACCUAUGUGAGGUAACAGCAGUAUGAUGUUUUCAUAUAGAACUAAUAAUGUCAGUGGUGAACUUUGAUCAGAGUAAGAUGAUGAAACAUAUGUAAUUCAUAGUAUGGUUUACCUUGAGGAAACUACCAUUUAACAUACGACUGGUAUGCAGUAGGAAAAAGUCAAUGUUAGUCAAUACAACUUGAUGGCUGUAGUUGAGGUAACAAUAAAUCAGACAUUGAAAGUGCUCAAAGAUACAAAUUAAGUGAUAAAGUUUUGCUUUUUGUUGUAAAAAUUUAGUAUAAUUUGUUUCAGAAAAAAAUUGGCAAAGUUGUUUGGAAAACUUUUGAUACUUGAUAACUUGAUAUUUUAAGUUAGAGGGAUAGUAAGCUUUGUACCCUGAGCUAGUGUUGUUAUGUUGGCACUACUAAACCACAAUAAGUGGUUAAACUCAAAAUAGUCAACGCGACUAGUUCACUUUUUAUUUCAAAUUGAGACAACUGAUCACUUUUAACAGUGUAGCGUGACGUUGCUAUGGCUGUUACACUUAAGAUAGAAACAAGUAACAAGCAACUAUUUUUUCCAGCUGCUGGGCUGAAUGCUUAUCUCUGCAAAACACUCCAGGUUUGAUUUAGGCAACUACCUCCCCUUGAUGAUCCCAGCUUGCUUGUUUUGUAUCUCAUCAGAGUGUAAUUGCUUUGUCAAAAUGACUCCUGUGUCGAACAUCUAAAAAAAGCCACAUAAGAGUCAAUGUGACCCGCUCCAUCAAGUGAGUUACAGUGAUGUUUUUGUAUUCAUUUACUUCAUCAUGAGUCACCUCUUGAUUCUCCCCUUAUUACCCUGAAUAUAUUCUGUGUAUGUCUUCCUCUUGUUGUUUUUGUGCUUUCUAGUGUCUCCUUGUUUAAGCAGUCUAACUUGUGAGUUUCCUCGUGCAAUAAUUCAACUUUUUGCAUGCUCCUAUUUGGAUUGUUUUUCCUUUUUUAAGUUAAUUUCAAGUGCACUGACACUGGAGGGAUUGAAUCCUGUCUGUUUUUGCACACAUGCUCUUGUGUGAGACGUGCAUUUUUGGAUCCAUCUCGUUUUUUCCUUUGGUUUGUCAGUUUGUAGACAAAUAAGACACCUGAUGUCAGCAUUUCAAAUAUUUGCACUCAUUGAAAUCUUGCCUGUGUGCAGAAAUGCCUCUAUAAUUGUAGGGAUUAUUAAAGUAUUAUCCGGAUGAGGACUUGUUGUAUUUCUGACAGGCUGCCACUCCUCCCUCUGUGUGCUGCUUAAACAAACAAAUAAUUCUGCAAGCAGCUUUUGUGUGUCCUGUCAUCCCUGCAAGAAGAAAACGAUCAAAUGCUGUGCAAGUCGUACACAUUCAUCGUCAGCAUGAUUAUUUUGACUAUUGCUCCAAAAUGCAUUAUCCAGCAGUUAAAAACAGCACAACAGCAUUUUUCAAAAUCCCCCUAUAACAGCUGUAUUGACUUGAAUCAUGUGCAUUUCCUCUCUUAUUGAAUUAAUCACUCAACCAAACACGGCUCAGCCACUACUUAACCCAACAGGCUCUGUGUGCAGGGGAUCAAUGAGAAUUUAAUUAUGCGUGUGAAAAGUGGACGGAGAAGAUAACAACACAAACAAAAGGAAAUUAAGGAGGCUGUUAAUAAAUUGAAUUAUAAACCUAUUAACGCUGUCCUUCAAAAUAAAGUUCAUGAAACUCACACAUGAAUUAAAAUAAGAUCUUUAAAGCCUAUUUGUCUUUGGCUAUGAGCUGCUCUGACUCGAUAAUACCUCAAAUACGCUCAGUUAUCUGUGUCUGCAGGUCUUCGCAGCAAUAUUCAUUUACUUGUGAAACAUUUCCAAUGUGUCUGAAUUAUUCCAGUGACUAAUUACUUCUCACGCCUUUUUCACUUUCAUUCUCUCCUAAAUCUGUUGUGUUGAUCGGAUUUCAAAUAUCACUAAUCGUCCAUGUUUAUCGCACAAAAAGAGUAAUUAGGAGCUCAUUCUGUCUCACAGUGGUUUAUGCAUCUCAAAAACUGAAAAAUAUUUAACCACAUCCUGCUGUUUGAUUCCAUAAUUAAUCCCAUUACUGCUAAAUGAAACCCAGCGUUGUUUGUUUGUAAGUAAGCCACCCGAUGAAUGAGCAGCCUUACGUGUGGUAAUUGCAUGUUUCAAGAGGCGUAAUCAUAAUAACGGGUGGUUGAGCUGAUGGGAAACCAGUCUUCUGAUUUUGGCAACAGACCAUGCAGCUUUGCAGUAAUCAUCAACAUCCCAUUUUAAAGAGUCGGUAUCUGUUCACUGCAUGCAAAUUUCUCAUGGAUCUGAGCCUCUGGGUAGAGCACUGGGGCAUCACGAGCCGCUCACUGAGAGAGCUUCUGAGAGCAUUAAAAACACUGUGUGAUGAGUUUUAUUAUUAUUAUAUAUUCAGUUCAUGUAGAGUAAAAAAAAAAAAGUGCAUUUUUCCCAUUAGCAUUCAGAUGCAGAAAUUACCAGCAGCACUUUUGUCAUACUAAACCAGUUUCAGAGCACAGCUUAAGUAUAAACCGUGUAGAUGUUUGUGGUUGCUUAACAGUUUUUAUCCUCUCAUCUCAUCCUCUACUUGUAACCAAACCCGUUAACCAUCGAUGUUAGCUUUCAUGCUCUCCAAUGCUAUUAUAAAGUGUAAUAUUUCUGCCACAUUUGCAAAAGGAAAAAGUGAAAUUAGAUUGAUUUAAAAAGGUUUCGAGUGGUGGCCUCAACCACCACUUUGUGCUAGUGUUUCUUUGUCUUUAGGUUUUAACACAGUAAAUUUGUUUCAGUUAAGAUAAAUGACAUAACCCUUUUUUGUUGUUAAAAUAAUUUCACUUUUUUGCAUUUAUGGUAGUUGUAUCGUAAUUUGCGUGCACAUAGUUCAGUCAACAAACCGUCACAUGGUUUAAUUUGAGUUGAUAUCAUUUCAAAGUAAACUUACCUUUUUGUUUGUCUUUGCUGGAGCUCACCUGACUAAAGGCUGUCUGCAGCUCCAAGAUGGCCUCUUAAGCCCUACCCACAGGAAGUGGGACAGACCAUCCAGGGGGAAGCAAGUAGAGGUUUGGACUUUUGAUUCUUUAUUAAACUUUUGUCUUUAUUCUUUCAGGUAAAACAGAGUAUUUAGUUUAGUUUAGUUUUUUUCUGUAAAAAGUUGGUUUGGAUAAUAUGAUGGUGUUUUUCUGAGUUUGUUAGAUCUUUAGUUUGUAGUCACCUUAAUUUCCCCCUUGUGUUCAGGUUGGACAUGUCCUUUGUCUAUUUAAACCUCCAACAUGUAUCACUUAGUGGGUCUGUUUGAUUAUGUUUGUUGUUGGUAGUGUGGGCCCAGAUUUUGUUGAUUCUAUACCACAUUAAAUUGGAUAUUUUGUUAUUGAUUUCUGCUUUUCUUGAGUAAAAUUAAAGGAUCAAUAUCUUUUUCCACACCUUUGUCCUUUGCCUGGUUACUUGGUCCCUUGCAUUUCUGCAAUCAGGUUGCUCUAGAUAUUCAGAAUUACUCACCUCUGUUACAGGGUUUCGACCAAUCAGGAUCGAGUUUUUAACACAACUGGGUGAUUGCAAAAAAAAAAAAAAACAUGAAAAAUGCUGGAUGAUGACCAUUAUUAGCACAAUCAUAAUGGACCCAAACAUUAUAAUGACUCAGCAGCAAAUAAACCCAGCAACACAUGAACUCAAUGACAUGUAUUAAGAACGAGAGGUCAAACCAUGUAAAACAAUGAAAGCAACCAAACAACGUAGAAACAGCAAAAUCAAAGUAUCUAUGAAAGAUAGAAACAUUUUGAAAAUGGAGGUAUCCAUUAAAAGGAUUAAAGCAGUAAAAUGAAUACAAGUAAUAAAACCAAAUAAGAACCAUGAAGUUUAUGCAAUCAAAUAUAUAAAAAACAAAGCAAUAAGAUGAAUGGAAGCAAUAAGUGAAAAGCUCCAUUUCAAAAAGUCAAAGAGAAACACUUAAUCCUCUCUCCUCCUGUAGUUGCUCUGUUACCAAUCACUCAACAAGGUCGAUGAUUGAUGAUGGUUUCUGCAGAGUGGGUGCUUUUGAAAACUUCCAGCUUUCCUCUCAUCUCCUGACUGCCAUGACACACAAAGGUUUCCGACCUAUUUCAUCAAUAACAGAAAAGGAGCUGGAAAUACAAAGGGCUUUUUUUUUUUAAGUCACUUUUUCUUUCCUUAACGCAUAUCUGGUCGUUAAUCUUCCACCUGUCUGUCCUUUUGUCUCAGGAUUAUUUUUCACAUUGUCAAAGAGAACAGAAAAAAAAAUGGAUUAACAUGAAGAGACACAGUAGAAAAGAUAGAAAAGGAAGCUACUAUAGAUGCGCUGAGAAACAGAGGUGUUAUGGGAUCAAUGCUAAUGCUAAUCCUGAUGUUUGGCUGGUGUAAAAUUUACAAUAUUCAACAUCUUACUUGAUAAAUUAUGAAGUACAGCUGGGGUUGGUGGGAAAAUUGUUUAGCACCAAAGAUGACCAAGUAUUUUUAAUUCUAACUUAAUGAUUGUGCCAGAUGAAAAUUUAAAGGAUCAGCAAUUUUUUAUCAGUUUUUUAUGUGGGGAAAAAUAAAAACAAGGAGUCCAGGAUUCAUCCUCAGGGGACCAUGAACAUCUGUCUGUUGAGUAGUUUUAAGAUGGACAAAAACAGGAGACUAACAGGUAAACAUUGCCGUCUAUAAAGCGUUGCAGUUAGGUACUCAUGUUGUUGAAACUGAAGCAUGACUCUGUUGAACCUUUGCUGUUAAGCCCCUGUGAGCAACUUCCACUUUGUGGGUUUUGGCGCCCCCUGUGGUUGGAGUUGGACCUCUUAUAUCUUCAUUGAUUUCACCCUGUAAAUCUAAUCUUUGUUUUUUGUUUUUUGUGCAGAAAACCUUUUCAUGUUCAAGCAAAUAAAUUGGACCGACACCAACUCCCCUCCAGGAGUCUAAAAUAAGUACAUGAAAAUGAAUGUUAACGGUCUAAUUUGCUUUUGUUUGUUAAGGAAACAUUGAUAUAAAUUUCAGUGUUUCAGAACAAGCUGAAAACUCCUUACAGAAGCUUUGAAGAAUAUAUUCAUUACUGCUAUAUUCACAUGGUUGACAUUUACACCCUAUCAUGAACAAUUAUUCUUAAAAGCACAAUUACAAGGAUUUGAAACACUGAAAACAACAUAUUUACAAUCAUUUUUGUUCCAUUUCAUUAAGUUUUCUGGUUUUUGUGUUCGAACUGGUGUUUAUUUCCUGCACAGAUUCAACACAGACUCAUAUUGUGGUCUCGAAAUCUUGAUUGCUAGGAGGGAAGCAUGCACAUACAAAUGAUUCUGAUUGGUGAUAGAUACUGUAGUCAACCCCCUGCAUUUAACAACAAUACAUUUGAUUCUGUUUAUUCGAGGCAGAGAAUCUAAGAAAGCAGGAGGAAAAAUCCUAACAGCAUGAUUUUACAGUACGCUUAUAUAAGAGAUGAGUCAUCUCUGGGACAAUUAUAUGAACCCUGGAUUGGACCGGGAUAAUGUCCUGUGAUGUAGUGCUUUACUCUCAAACUUCUUUGAUUUAUCCUUGAAAUAUCUAAUUUAAGGAAAUUCGUCCAAGAUAAAAGUUUAUAUUUUAUGUUUUUGUCUUAUUUCAUUUUAUUCUUAUAAAGCAUAUCCUCUACUGGGUGGAUAAUUAUUAUACUUCACGCUGCGUUUGUUUCUUUGUCUGCAUUUGUUUCAUUGGUACAGCUGGAAAUAAAAGGAGAUAGUAUAUUCUCUGUGUUAUUCUGAUUCACAGAGGCAGGGUUGAUCAGAUAUUAGUUUCAUCUCUGUGCAAAAGCAGGAAUUUUUCUGUGGCUUAAAGGGAUAUUCGGGCAUAAAAUUAAUUUAAAGUCAAACACACCAUAACACCGAGUAAGAACCCUAUUGAGAGAUGAAUGCUUGCUUCUCUAGUUAUACCAACUUUAGUAGCAACCACACGAUAUGAAUGAUCAUAAAUGUUCUUCCUUGAGCUGCGUCACCCGGCAGCAGUCCGCAAUGGACUGGCCUGAGGUCUCACUAUAAACAAGCGGCUGCUGGAAGAGAGUAGGUGAGUUGUGUUUAGUCUUUUUGCUAAAGAAAGUUUGGUGGCAAGUACUAUGGCUGGGACCCUUUAUGUACUGUUGAUGAAGUUAGGUGCUGUUCUGAGCAUUAUUUGUGGCUAUAGAGUGGUGUUUUGGUUGAGGUUUGUUGAUGGCUCCUGAGACCGCUGUGUAUUGCUAUUGUGCGGCUGUUUCUAAAGUUGGUAUAAGUAGAGAAGCAAGCGGUCGGCAACAUUCAUCUCUCGAGGGGCUGUCUAGCUUAAUGUUACAGUGUGUUUGACCAUAAAUUAAUUUUACGCCAGAAUAUCCCAUUAAGUAUGUGCAGGUAUGUGUUAAAAAGUCCAAACAGAAAGUAUUAUAUACAUUUAGAUUGACUCAAUAAAAGCUUAAUUAAACAGGGUAACCACAGGGUCGUAAAAAUUCUUAAAACAUCUAAAAUCCAGUUAUUUGAAUUUAAGGCCUUAAAAAGUCUAAAUUUACCUUAAAAUCUCAUCAAAUGUCUUAAUACGAUGUUGAAAGGUCUUGAAAAUGUAGUAACAGUACUUACAAAAAUAAUGUGUCAUAGGAAUAAAGAUUGAUUAGAAGUGAUGUAAGAUGUUCCAACAGGCAGGUUCCUCAUAUUAGGGACAAAUUUAUGAUAAAAUCAGCAGAAAUUAAGUGUAAAAUGCUGUCACAGAAGAGUGCCUUCAAAAAGUUACCAACACAAACAUGUUGUUGGAGACGAAGAUUCAAAAGCCGUAAGAGCCUCAGGAAAUGUGUUGAAUUAUACACAUAAAACAAGAGUGGAACAGAAAUAUAAUGAUGCCCCAAGGGUCAGCUCACGCCUGAAUUCAUCACCAUUAACAUACAACUUAAAUGUGUGUGCUCAUUCAAAACAAUACACAUCACUGUUUUUGUUUUUUAAUCUUCCAGGAACGAGACAAAAUGAAUAAAAGAGUCAACCUGGCCAAGAAAGGCUUCUCCGGGGCAUUUAAUGUCAUCUAUAUUUGGUGUCACAGAAAUCACAGACCACUACUGCCCCUACAGAUCGAAAAGAGUCAGUGCAACCAAAUUAGGCUUCCACGUUUUGUGUGUUUGUGUGUGUUAUCCUGGUAAUUUUCACGUCAUUGACACGAUGGAUCGAUGUGGCUUUUGUCCUCAUGUUCACACCAGAACAGGACAUUGGGCUCUUUUCACCUAAGCAGUGACUAAAAUGCAAUUAAGCACUUUGUAAAACAAUCAGUCCAAAACACAUAAAAGGCUGAACACAAUUUAAUCUGUCUCCAUACUUGGGUGCUAAGUGAUAAACACUUCAGAGUGAGUCUCGAGCAGCUCGGUUUUAGCUGAAAUGCUGCUGAAAUCUGUUCCUUUUGUUCUUGUGCACCUGUGUUCAUUGUCUCCAGUAACAGAGCUGCGAGGAUGAAGUGAGUGAGGAUGACACAUAUCGCUCCAGGAAACCCACAGCAUCAUCGCCAGACCAGUCCCAUGAUGCUCCCUCAACCCACUUGUCAAGCUCAGUCUGACAGCCCAGGAGACAAGGGAGCAACUCGUAUUUAUAACCUCUGGCGCUGUUGAACGAUGGUGGGAGACAUAAACAACUCUCUUGGAUAACAAAAAAAUGUCUAUGUAACAAUACAGAAACAGAAACCACAUGCAAAUGUACAGGAUUAGCAUGAAAAAAUAGAGAAAAAUAAAGAUUAAAAAGUAAAUACACAAAGAGCAAAUUAGCCCUAAAUGUUAUUUUAUAACUAGUGUUGGAAAGAGGAGGUGAGUGGAUGUUUGAGUAGCAUUUUAAUACUCUAGCCGCAUAAAUUAAGUAUUUCAGCCCAGAUCUCAGAGUUUUGUCCCUCUGGUGGGUAUUUAUUGGAGUUUUAAGUGAUUAACAGUGCAGGAAAAGGUAAAUACCUACUUUGCUGGUACUUUUUUCCUCGUUUUAUAUAUGAAAUAUUAUAUUCUGCUUCGCUUCUUUGGGCUUCAGGAUAGUUCAAAUGGGUUUUGUCCAAUUGAAACUGUGCAUUUUUUGGUGGAACUGCUCAACAGUGAAAGUGAAAAGCACCUGAAAGCAUCGCAAUAACAAGGGUUUGACUUAAAGAGUUGGAAAUCCUUUGGGACAUCAAAAACCACCAUAGAUCCUCCCCUUCUGGUCAGCGUCAAAACCCGGGACACUUUGGAGACUUAUAAAGGAGUCCUGACACAAAACGCGCACUUGUGUUUGUCACAAACUGCAUCACAGUUUAGGACACCGAGCCAUACUGGUGAGUAAACUUAAUCUAGAUUUUUUAAUGCUUUACAUGCUAUAAAAUUGAACCUGUAUUUUAAUAUUUAUACCAAUAUUUUGAUACUAUUUACAAAUAAGCAUAAAAUAUAUUUUUUUCCUCAGGAUUAUCAGCCUAAACCUGGAGAAUGAGUUGAAUAUUUUGAAUGAUCAAGUGUGGAUGAGUUGAGUUUAGGGUUUUCACUCAUAUCAGCUGCAAAAUUGUGACAUAUGAGAAACAUUUUAGCAUUUUAAAGCAGAAAAAAGCUCCAAAAUUCAAUGACCACAAGGAGUACCAACACUUCAGAUUUCACAGUUUAUACUUGAAACAGAAAGACCUAAACUUUACAAAAACUGCACAUAUUUGCACACAAUACAUCCUUAUUGUUAUUAAGAUACAUGAUCAUUAAAAACAUUAAAUGUAGGAAAUUAGGACAAGUUUUAAGGACUAAAAAGAUGAUAGAAGUUUAAAAACUGUAUGCGUGUUUCUAGUUAUACAAACUGGGAAAGAAAUAGGCAAACUCUCAAAGUCGAAUACUUUAUCUUUAACAAAAACAUCCACCAAUUGACUCAGCUUCCAUUUGGCAGUAAAAACUUUGCCUUUAAAUGUUAAUGAAACAUAUAAAACAUAUUAAUUUUACUGUAGGGUGUUCAGACACAAAAUAAACGGUAAAAAAAUACAGUAAAAUACUCUGUUUUGUUUAUCUCUUUUCUGUAGAUAUGCCUGCAGAAAACCACGAUUGAUUAAAUCUGCCACCUACAGGGACCUGAAUCUUGGCUAAGAGCUUCACUCCACCGCCAGUGUGAUUAAUCCCUCAGGAGUGUGUGUGUGUGUGUGUGUGUGUGGCCGCAGGUAGAGCCGGCAGCAGAGAGAGGUGAGAAACACCAUCCACUGAGGGAGCGAAGGGGAGGAAGGUCCACCAUUAAACCAGAAUAGGUCUCUUGAUGGCUGUACAAGGAACGAUCACAGCCUCUGGCUCCAAUAGUCCGUUCAGAGGAGGGAGGGAGGGAGGGAGGGAGCUCAGGUGUACUGUGUGAGGAGAGACUCAAUAUUUUAAAGACGUUGUGUGAAUCAGCCUGAGUCAGAGCUGCUGAAAAUAGUCCUUAAUCCAGGAACAAAACCUUGGUUUGAAUUGCAAAGUAAAAACCUUGCAGUCCGUGUGUUCAUGACGAGGUUUGAGACAAGAUAUAAGGGCUUGAGGCCCAUGAGAUUUAUACGUUUUCUCCUUUUUCUAUGCUAAUUAUCAUUCCAUUGUUGAACACAUUUGUUAGGCAGUUGUUCUUUGGUUAGAAAAUGUCAUAAAUGGUCUUUAAAAAGCACCAGAAUCUACACAUUUCCAUCCAUAAAGCAUAAGCAUUGUGCUGUAUCAUAAAUCGAGCUGCUCUUUUAUUCUGCUGUGACAGGGUGGGGCUUUUAGUGAGGGUCUCUCAGGUGAGUUAGAUGUCCCUGUAAUCAGGGAGUUAGGUUCCCAGAGGAAGGUCCACAAAAGCACAAUAACAAGAAAAACAGCCUGAGGAAAAGCCCGGACUGUGUUUGCUACAUGUUUUUGCUCUCCAGGUUCUGUGUUCGCUUUGUACCUUAACUCAACUGAGAAUAAACUUCUCAGCAGACGGAUGAACCGGACUGUGUCGCUUGUUCUCGUAUAAAAAAACAUGUAGAUGUGAUUAUUGACAGAGACAAAAACAUAUACAAGAUUAUGGCUGAGUGAGCAGCUGUCCAGAAAUCUGUGCAUGUCAAAUACUGAUCAUCUGUUGCCCUUCUCUUCACCCCUCAGAGUCCUGAUCAUGGAGAGAAACACAUCCUCGCCUCUCAAUUCCACUUUUCUGCCGACUCCAUUCCCCACCAACGCUACUGCUGACGUCAACGCCACCGUGAAGCCCUUCAGCGUGUUUGACGGCUGCGAUCAUCAGGUAGAGGGCAUCCUCUUUGACCUGACUAUACAAUGCAUCAACGUAAUCGUGGGAAUCCCUGCUAACAUACUUGUCAUAGCAAUCCUCAUUCAUAACCGUAAAGAACCCUCCACCUCAGACAUAUUCCUAGGCUGUCUGGCCUUCAUGGACGCCUACUUUGGCGCCAUGACCCCUGUCAGCUUCCUUAACCUUUACCACUGGCAGAGCAAAGAGGUGUGGUCCGCCCUCAAGUUCUCCUACGGUGUGAAAGACACCAGCGGGCCGUUGUUUCUGUCAUGUAUCUGCUUAGAUCGCUUCAUAGCCGUGCUCUUUCCGAUUUUGUUCGGUCAGCUUAAACACAUCAAGUACAGGCUGAGCCUCUCAGUGUUGGUCCUUCUCCUCACCUUUGCCUACUCAGCAGCCAAGGCGGUGGGAGGCCUGCCUAACUUUGAGAAGGUGUUCACUGGGGAGAUUCUUGCAACAUUUACCUGGAUGGUCCUGUGUAAUGGAAGCAUCCUGUGGGCCCUGAAGAAGUCCCGUGGUGCAGGGAAAGAUGAGAUGCACCCAAUGAAGAAGAAGGCCUUCAAGCUGGUGCUGUCUAUCCUUUGUAUCAUCGUGUUUAACUACCUACCUCCUGUAGCGCUGUUCCCCUUUGAGGACUACUACUCCCCGGAUGUGUUUCGCUGCUACGUGCAACCUGUGGGCUUCUCUUUCCUGAACAUCAGUAGCACCAUCCAGCCACUCGUCUAUUUGUCACGUCUGGAGAAGGUGCCUUUCCUCCCAGACGCCUGUGUGAAGAAGUGGUGCCCCUGUGUCUCCUCAGAGGACAAGAAAAGCCAGCCGACACAGAACCAACAGGCAUAGCUUCAGGAUGAUAUUUAACACAUUUAACCUCCCUCCUGUGUUAGGUUUUACUACGCACGCACUAUGUUAAGAGUCGGUUUCGACCCAUGUCUUAAAUCAGCUGCUAUCAGCUAAUUUGGGUCUUAUCUCUAGGUUACCUUUUUAGGUUUCAUUAUCCAUGAAAAAAUUGCUUAAAAUAGUUUUUAUAGUGAGUCUCUGGCCUUUCUUUGUCACUGUACCCCUCAUACAGAUGGCAAAAUGAAAAUUUCCUAAACUCACAUGAUUGGAAGAGAAUCUGGCUGUCAGUGUGGUGCCUGACAGUGCUCAGAUGAUUUUAGUUUUUGCUGUAAUUAUUAGUUAUAAUCUAACCGGGUCAACAGCGACCCUAACACGACAAGUGCCAUGAUUUUAAAAAAAGCAUUUUAUAAUUUAGUCAAUUUAAUUUUUUUACUUUUAUUUUGUUGAAAUCGAGGUUCCUGACAAAGUCCAAAAGUCUUGAUGCAAAAAAGCUAAUUUAUUUGUUUUUUUUUUAAGCAUUUAAAAACAACAGCAGGGUUGGUGCAGACCCUAACACAGGAGGAGGGUUCACCAUGUGAAUAAAUCUAUAAUUCAACUUAAAGAUGAGGAAUGCUGUGACACUUUUAUUGUCUUGACUGAUUUAUUAUUAAUUUGCUAUUUCCAAAUGUAUGUUUUAUUGAACAAAAAGUUUAAUAGAGUAACAGAGAGCAUCAUCAAGAAUGAGACAAGUGGGAAAUCAAAGUUAAAUUUAACGUUUCAUGAUUGAUCAUAUAUUACAUUAAUUCAUUUAAACGGUGUGAGGUUUGUGUGUUCAAAGCAGUCUCUGCUUGAAUAAAACCCUUCAUGAUACUUGUUUGACUUUGGCGCCACCCUGUGUACAAAGAGAAGAAUAGACUGUACUGUACAGUCUGUAACAAUAAAUAUACACAUGAGAUCAGUGAAUAGAUGCUCCUCUUUCCCUGCUUAGGUUAACAUAAAGAUUAGUAUGUGUGAUUGUGUGUAUAAAGUGCAUGGUGCCGGGCAGGUUUUGGUCCCAGUCCAGUGUAAAAUAACAUGUUCAUUACCCACAGACAAUAUCUGCACAGCAGUAAAUUCGUUUGCAUGAAUCAAAAGAAGCCCAGUAACUCACCAACCUAAAACUUUUUCAUCUGUACAGCUGAUUUUGAAAGUGCAUACCAUAAUACAGCAUUUCAGAAAGUUUACAUAACACAGAAAAUGACCGCAACAACCCGAAAACUUUGGUAUAUUUUCCACCACUGGUUUAGUCAUGAGUUUGUUUGGUCUUUAGCCCAG